AUGGCGGCGGAAGCCGGCGGAGGGGAGCAGUUGGUUCGAUUCGUGAAGCUGAGUGGGAGAGCUUCAGGUGAGAGAAUGAUGGGAGUGAGAGUUAAAGAUUGAGAAAAUGAUCCAGCAGGGAAUAUACAUAGCGCUUGGUCCUGUACAUGUAUGGGGCAGACCCCAUGGGCCAUGUGGGGCUAUGGCAGCUGGCUGGGGUGUCAGACACAGGGGGUGGGGGAUUUUGUAUUAAUUAAUAUUGUGUUAAUAUUGUAUCAUCCUGUGAGCCCCAUACACUGAGUGAGUGCUCGGGGUGAAGGUAUACUGUAAGGGGUUAAAGGGACCCUAUGGAGCAUGUUUUGUAACAUAUUGAUACAAGGUUUCAGCUGUGUUUGGAGAGUGGUUGAAGGGCAGGCUCCCUACAUUUUAUUUAUUAGUUUUAAUUCCCUUUUGGUAGUUUUUGCACUUUGUAUCAGAUAACAGUAGUUGUGAGUGCUGUGUACCUGUUAUUGGAUCGAUUGGGCGGUAUGAAUAGUCUGCUAUAAUAACACCUAGUGGAUCAGGCAGGUCUAUUCGAUAUCCACUGCAUGACUUGAACAUUUAACUGCAGAUAUGUUUGUGCUGAUGCUGCAGUUAACCUAGUCACCUCUCUUGUGUUGUCCUUUUAGAGGUUUCUCAAGGUUUCCGUUAACAUUGUGGUUUUAUUUAUUCUACUACUCUGUGUAACCUGUAAGGUUGUUUUUUAUUUUAGUUUUUUGUAUUUUGCGGAUUGACAUGGAUUAUUGACUUUGGGAAUGGUCAGUUUAAUGCACCAACCGUAGAAUUUGUGAAACUGCAGGUCUGGCAGGAUUAACUUUUUUUAAAUUUAUUUUAAGGUUUUUAUUAAAAUGAGAACCACUGUGAUAGACAAGAACUCGGUACCAAAUUAAUUACUUGAAAUAAGAGAAAUCCGAAUCUUUUACCCAGAUCCCUAUCUCCCCCUUGUCUUGUAGGUACAGAUUCUACUUUACUGUUAUUUUGUAGUUAUGUUCUUUUUAUCUCUCACUCUGCUCGAAGUGUAACCAUUUGCCGUAUAGCUGGAAGAUCUUCUUUAAAAACGUAAUUAUGAUCAUUACAUUUUGUUACACUGUGGUACUGCUUUCCAGGUACUCUUCUUCUAUACAUAUGUCAAUUCUUGUGUUACUGCUUCAACAGUUUUUUUUGAAAUUUUUAAUUGUCCUUGCUAAAAAUAGGACAGUAUGAUUUUAAGCAUCACUAACAUUGUCCAGGGUUUUUGUAUUGCACGAUAAAAGUUUGAAGAUUCAUUAUUUGAGUCCUGUGAGUGCACUUUACUGGAUGAUAUAUUUUGAAUGAAGAAGGCACCCAGGCGAACACAAGACCGUGAGAGUGAGUGCUGGACCCACUUGGAUAUAUAGAUAGUAGUGUUUUGUUUUUCCAUAUUUUCUUCAGUAUAACUGUUUGCCCCGAGCUCUCUUAAAGUUAAGCUGCCAUCUACAAAUUCUGUGUCUGAGAAGUUCAUAUUUAGAUACUGUGUUUAUAAAAUCACCAGUAUUUUCCUCUCGAAUAGUGGCAGUACUGACAAGUGAGGAUGUGCUUUCUAAAAUUGGACAAGAAGCUCCCCCUUCUUUUUGAACAUACCUGCCAUGCUCCACCUGGUGGCCAUAUAAACUCUGUACCUUAGGAGACUCCAGUUCUUCUUGUCCCGGCAACGGGAUGGACAGCUCCUCCGAAGGACCAGGCAAAGAGUGGUGCGGUCAGCACAGGCUGCUGAUUGGGGAGGCGAGUGCUCGAUGGCUCCUCAGACGGGAGCUGAGCGGCAAAUCUACUUCUGUAUGUUGCGUUACGGAAGUGCCCGGAAGCAGUCUUAUGUGGCCUCUUCUUAGGAAGUCCCAGGUGGACCUCCCACUGGUAAUGCUCACGCAUGCGCACAGCAGUGGAACGCACGCCCGGGAGGUAUUGUGUUCCACUGAACACCAAAUCGCACUACAGCUCAUGCACGAAACGGUGGUUUAGGUAUUUUGCUGCCAAAUUUAAAAUUUUGGCCAUAAAUGCUGUGCGGAACCUGUCUGACCCCAAGGGUGGGUGUCCAGUACAGAUCCUCCAUGUCACCAGCCCUCCUACACGGUUGUGAGGUGUUUGAGGUGAGAUUUUAAUUUAAAACUCCCUUGAACGCCUUUCACUUAUUGCAUGCUUUCUGAAACUUAGUUUUUGUUUCUUUACAGCCAUGUCCAGUCCUACUUCUCCAGAUAAAGCUGAAAAAGAAAAGAUGUCAGCUACUAUCCCAAAAAAGGCUACAAACAAAUCAAAGCACUUGUGUUGCUUGGAAUGUGCAGUUCCUCUACCUGACGGUUGUCGUAAAAAAACCUGUAACCAGUGCUCAGCCUUCCUAAACAUUUCCUGUAAAUCCUUACUGGAAAAAUCCAAGCGAAAUGUCCUCAUUCCUGUGCUGGUUCCAGGAAAAUCUAUCCCAGACCUUCAAGUCUUUUAAAGAUACUGUUAAAAAAGACAGCGGACCUGCUGCUAUUCAAGGAAAACAGACGAAAAAAUUUAGGAAAGAUCUCCAUCCCUGUCUGAACUCUCAUCAGAGGAAUGCCCAUCGUCUUCCAUUCAGAGGUUUCCAGUCUGACUUCAAGUGUGGAGGAAGGUUUUCCACCGGAAGAACUAAAAAAGUAUAUCAAAGAAGUAUCAGCAGUUCUUCAGGAAACUGAACCUACCAAGGGUACAGUAUAAGGCUUUCCUAUGCACCAUAGGAUUAUGGAUCUCCUACAAAGAGAGUGGGAAAAAUCCUGAAAGACGUGCCUUUUUAUUUCUAAGCACUUUAAACGUCUUUUCAAGCUUCAUACUAAAGAGAAAUAUAUGGGAAGACCUUCCUAAAGUCGAUAUUCAGGUAGCACAACUGUCAAAGAAGACCCGAUACCUAUUGGUGAGGUUUCUGGGUUAAAGGAUCCCAUGGACAAGCGAGCUGAAACUUCUAGUAGAAGGAUAUUCCAGGCCACUGGCUACCAAUGCAGAGCCGGAAUAGCGGGUUCAGCAGUACUUAAAGCCCAGAGUGUGUGGCUUCAAGCCCUAGAAGAAUCUCUCAUGGGAAAAUCGGAUCAUGACCCGGCUCAGCUAUUGUUUCUUUCAGAUGCCUCUGAUGAGAUGCUAUGAUUAUCAUGGGUUUGUCCUCUGUGGCUAGAAGAGACUUAUGGCUCAGAACUUGGACUGCAGGGGCUGGUGAGGACUUCAGUUCUAUAGAUGUUUAAAAUAUGAAUUUCUUAAUUUUGGGCUAAAAAAAAUAGGGGUCGUCUUAUACACGAAUAAAUACGUUAAUUGAAUUAAAUCCAAUUUAUGGAGAUUUUUACCGUUAAUACCAAACAUUUUAAAAGUGCUAAACAUAUACUCUUUGUAACGAAAAAAGGUUAAAGAACACUCCAAACACCAUAACUACUUUAGCCCAAUGUAGUGGUUAUGGUGCAAGGAGUGUCUUGGCGUCUUCCCAGUGUAAGACAACUGUGUGUGGGGUGUGUGGUGGUUGUGUUUUUUUUUUUUUAAUAGAAGGGUCAUGCAACUUGCCUGGAACAUACCCAGCAGAACCCAUCGUAAGUUCUCAAAAGGUUUGACUGCUUACUCUGGGAGUGCACAAGUGCACUCCUGGCACCAUUACCACUACAGCGGGCUGUCUUCUAAUGCAGGGCUUUACAAAUUUGUUUGGAAUCUAGGAGCCAGCUGAAGGGAGCUGCUGGGAAUGUAAGUAAGCGCUUGCUGCGGUCCCCCUCUGUACUUUCCAUGCCACCGGACCACCAGGGAAUGUUAUAUUCCUCCCCCCGCCCCCCCCCACCCCUCCUUGGCCAGGUAACAAGCAGGGAGGAGGGGACUAAAUAAAAAAUGCCCUUCCCUUAAAUUGCAUACCUACAGAAAUACACACACUACACAAAUGCACUGUAUAUAAUGCAAUGUUUGUGUAGUGUGUUUAUAUAAUGCACACUACACAAACACACACUUUGCAUUUAGUGUAUUCACACUGCAUUCACUUUACACACACUACAUUCACAAUACACACUACACAAACUCUGCAUUCAUUAUAUACACAAAUACACACUGCAUCCACUAAACACACACAGCUCCUCUGUCUAAACACACUGCAUCCACUAAACAUGGCAUGUAUAUCUUGUUCAUUUACUUUUUUUAGAAAUAGUUUAUUUUUUCAAAAUGGUAAAUGUACAGUAAGCUAUCACCCUGAUUGUUCACAGAUUAUCGGUAUCGGCUCUAAAAAAAAAUCAAUAUCGGUCGAUACCUAAAAAAUAUGUAUGUAUGUGUAUAUAUGUACACACACUUGUUUUGAUUGAACCCCACUCAGCCUUCCUACCUUUGGAAGAGCUGAGUGGGUCUUUCCCUGGGGUCCAGUGGGGCUGCUCACUUCCUGCGUGCUAGGGAGCAGUACUCCGGAGUGAUGUCAUAUUUUGGCUCCCAGCAUCAUUAGCGCAAGGGAGCAGAGAGGCGCCACAGGCGGAGUACUGCUCCCUGCCUAUAAUGCUCCUUUUAGGGCAGCCGUCCGUCAAAGGGGCCACACUAACUAGAGAGAUGGCAAAUCUCAGGCGCCAGAGCGAAAUUUCUAGUCGCCGUGACUAUCUGGCACCAUGUAUUUGUCGAGUCCUGUUAUAAUAUAUUUUUAUUAAUUAAAGGGACUCUUCAUGCAACAUAUCUAAUUUGUUACUGGACUAUGUAUUCAUCCAUCUUUCUAAGAAACUUUUAAAUAAUCUAUGCCUCUCAAAGUAACACAGUUUAGCAGAGUCCACCAUGUUAAUUUACAGGGAACAUUGCAUCUUAACUAUUGCACCUUAUUGUAGUGCUUAUGGUGCAAUUACUCUUUUGGUAGUUUUUGUUUUUAUUCUUUGGCAAACUAAUCUCCUGUGGCUUACUUAAAAACCUGGCCUGUCCAGCACUCCCAGCACUGUCCUUCUAAUUGGUCACUUGUACAUUAUGCACCUAAAGCUGUUUGACAUUGGACAGCAGUAAUAGACUGCAUGCGUUGGGCUACGCUGUUUAUUGCUUUGCACCCUAUUUUUGCUCCCCAAAUUGCAGGGUUGGCACCUAACACUUGCACCAUAACCACUGCAUCUGUUGUGGCUAAGGUGCUCAGAGUAUCUUUUAAAGGGGCACCCACAUUCCUAAUAAAUACCGGGACUUUUAAUUGAGCUUUCAGCAUUUUAUUUAUGUAAACUAUUAGCUGAACUAUGCCAUCAUGUACAACUGUAUUAUUGAAAGGAGGAAGGGACAAAAAGCGAGCUGUAGACACGUAUAGGAACCAGCAAGAUGAUAUAUUUUAGAAUGGAGGAAGUAGAACAAAAGGAAACCAUAAGCAUGCAAAAUAUGAUAUGAUUUUUUUUUUUUUUAAACUGUAUAAAAUUAGGCAUGCAAAACAGUACAGCAUAUUUUCGUCAAAGGCUAAAUACUUCAUUGGGUCAAAGCAUCUAACCUGGUAUGAGUUAGUAUAAACUUCUGUGAGGGCAAACUCGUACUGGAAGACAGAGGGCACCUGACACAGCACGGCGAUUAUGAGGUUGUCAUGGAGUGCCCUUUAGUAUAAACUGAUAUAUUAUAGAUAUUUUGAUAUUUACCAGACAGCAGGUACUCCUGGGCAAGCAGUGAAAAUUUGCUUCAGCUACUCUUGAUUAUCCAGUAAAAUGUUUAGUUUGUGUUUCAAACUAACCUACUGAGGCUGUUGUAAUGCAGUAAGUGAUUUGGAAUAAAGAAGCAAUGAAUUUCUCUAGAGACAUUGCUUUGUUUAUAUAGCCAUUCACCUGUUUAUGUGAAACACAGCUUGAGAGCACACAGAUGUCUGAAAGCUGAAAUCACCCAGAACAUUUUUGAGAAGGGGAAAAUUGAGUCUUUUGUAUUUGUUAGCAACCACUAGUGACUGAUGCAUGAGAUAUGGACUUAAUUGUCUAGAUUUCUACAUGCUAAUGUGUAUUUGAGGAACGUACAUUACGGCAUUUCUACAUAAAAUUUGUUUUUCUCUGGGGAAAUAUGUGUAGGAAUUUUAUUUUUUUUCAUUUGAUAUUGGGGCAUUUUUGUACUUUCCCAAUGUUUUGUGGUUGUGUUUGUGUGUUUUUUUUUUUUUUAUAUUUAAAGGAACAUUCUAUUGUACUACGAUCAUCCCUGGUUGUGUUGGUGUUUUUUUUUGUUUUGUUUUUUUUUGGUUCAAAAAGUUGAAAAUAAAAGGAACUAUCUUUGUGAAUACUUGCCUAGUCCCUUUUAGAUACAGGGCCAUCGAGAUCAUCAUUCUGAAGACCUCUGGUCCAAUGAAAUGUGUGGCAAACAUUUUUCAGAAACUGCAAUAUUAUGCUCCAAAGCAGUCCAUCAUAAUCUUAAGGGACACUAUAGUCACCAGAACAAGUACAGCUUAAUGUAGUUCUUCUGGUCAGAAUAAUGCUUCCCCUCAGGCUUUUUGCAGUAAACACUGUCUUUUCAGAGAAAAUGCAGUGUUUGCAUUACAGCCUAGUGAUAACUCCACUGGCAACUACUCAGAUGGCCAAUGGAGGUGCGUUAUGGGGCAGUGCUCCACAGUGUGCAGCACUGCCAUUCAGCAUCUCCAAGCUCUGCAUGGAGACACUGAACUUUCCUCCUAGAGAUGCAUUGAUUCAAUGCAUAUUUGUGAAGAGGUGCUGAUUGGCCAAGCUGGCAUUUGGCCCCGCCUUCUUGCUGAUUUCAGCCAAUCCAAUGCUCUGCUUCCAGGUAAGCAUUGGAUUUUGGAUUGGCCAAAAUCAUCGAUUCUGAUUGUAACGGAUCACCUGGCACCCCGACUGGGUACCUCCAUUGAAGGAUGCUCCUAGCGCUUCCUGAGGACUCCAGCAGACUCCAUAACCACUGUAGACUCCUUCAGGUAGCAGAACAUGAACGAGCUCUUACAAGAGCUUAGUAGUGCUAUAGCAAGAGAGUAUGACUAGCAUAGCAAUCCCUUGUAGCAGAUUCCCCCAAUAAGAGACGGCCCUCCAAAUUGAGGGUGAAGUAGAACUGAAGCUUUUAAUCAAACACUCUGCUUUUAUGUCCAUUUUACAAACAUAGUACCGUCCACAGGGUUUUGAAGAACAAACCAAUCAAUACAUUACAACACGGCUAAAAAAAUCCCAUUCAUACCAGUAGAAAUACUCCCCUCUGCCUGUGAUACAAUUACUGAACACAAUGGGCUAACGUAAUUAUCACAAGCAGGAAAAUACAGUUUUACACAAUAUUCAUAAUUUUAAAAGUAUACAUCACAUUCACAUAAAACUUGCAUUUUCAGAAUCCGCAUACUCCAAAUACAAACAUACUCAGACAAUUCCUUCCAUUGGUUUAAAAGUUAGGUCGAAGUCCUUUUGUGACCAUUGAAGCGUGGCUUUCCAGCCAAAACCAGUUCCAGAGUCCUCUAUCCUGGAGAUAAUUGGCUUAACUGGGUGUGGUAAGCCAACUAUCUCCAGGUACAGAAAAUGUCUCUAUUCACAACAGCAAAAAUACAAAAUUCCUAUCAUACUGAACAGAACAUCCACAUUCAACCUAUCCCCAGAUUGCUUGGAUCUGAGCGCUCAAUAUAUUCAAACAGCACUCAGAUCCCACAAACACAGUCAAAUCGCCAUGGGGUUCAAGUCUAGCAUGGGCUGCUGAGAGGGUCCAUAGUCAUGAGGCAGGAGGUUGGCAAUCCGGCUUCUCCAUAAUCCAGUGGCGAGGUAAGUUUCGACCCACUGUCAGCAAGGCGGCAGAUCAGGGGCGGGGCCACUGCCGGCAGACCUGUGUGACGCUGAAAAUAAGGUAUGUUUCUUUUCCUUUUAAGAGGAAGGGGGGGUGCAAUCCACCUAAAUGGAGUUUUUAACACCAUAGGGUCAGGAAUAGACAUUUGUGUUCCUAACCCUAUAAUGUUCCUUUAUGUUUACAUUAUACUGAAGUAGCCAGAAGAGUUGUUCUUGGCUCCAUGCCAAUCACACCCUAAAUUAUACAAAAGAAUGCACUGUUGGGUCACUAGGAACCAGAACAGGGCACUGAGAUUUUAUGCUUGGGGGUGUGGUUGGCUUAACCACGCCCCCAAAAGGUGCAAGAGUGCGGAGCUUUAGUGUUUAGAACUUUUCUGAUAUCACAAUGCCGACAUGCGGUGUCCGUGUCUGUUUCCAUCUCCUGGCUAUCAGGAGGUUAGCUGCUGUCAGUAUGUGAAACAGUAGGCCAGCUUGUGGUUUUGGGUGGGAGUCUAGUGAUAUAAAUAAGGCACACUCUGGGCUUAGCUUAGUUUCAACUCGUAAUGCUCCCUUAACUGUCUCCUCCACCAUAUUCCAAUAUUCCCUAAGCGCUGGACAAGUCCACCAUAUGUGGAACAUUGUGCCCUCUUCUGUUAAGCAUCUCCAACAUAAUUUGGAGGUGUUGGGGUAAAUGUUCGCUAGUCUUGUUGGCACCAGGUACCAUCUGUAUUGUAUCUUGCGCAUGAGCUCUAAGUGCGAUGCACAUCUGGAUCUGCCUUUAUGAGCCGUGAAAGCCAGGGUCCAUUGUUCAUCUGAGAAUACUGUACCCAUGUCUCUGUGCCAUGCGUCUCUAAAAUUGUCUGUCUGUAGUUGUUGGUUUGAAUCAUUUGAGCAGUGUAUAUAUAGGAGUGAGAGUGGUUUCUAAGGCAUGGUCAUGGAUACACACGCUCUUUCUACUCUGUGUAUGUUGCGGAGUAGUCAGGGUGGUGUCGUGUGCUAAUAUUCCCUUUAGUUGCAGGUAAGAGAAUAUCAUUUUUUGCGGUAGGCCAUACUCUGUUUGUAAUUCUGGGAAUUGUCUCAGUUGUCCCUGCCCAUACAGAUGUUUUACUAGGGUGCAUCCUUUUUCUAUCCAAAUGCGGUGAUCGAAAGCAGGGUAUGCUACAUGUAUGCUAUAUGGGAGUGGCCAGCGCCCAGUCGGUGAUAUAUCCGAACUGUGGCUUGGUCUUAUCUCUGGUUUUCAAUAGGAUUUCUGUGGUGGCGGUUAUAUCCGGGAGCCGCGGGCGUUGCCCAUGCGGUACCCAGAAGAGGUAUUUAAGACCUUUGGGACAAGUCCAGGACGAUUCCAUCUCUAUCCAUUGUGGUGGGUUUUGGGCUGUGUGCUUGUAGGGCUGUGGUCAAUAGUGCUGCUCUAUAGUACCUCCGCACCUCUGGCAUUCCCAAUGCCAGGGUUCUAGUGAGAAUCUUCGUGGCUACUCGUAUUUUUGUGUGCAGAAGCUGUGUGUUCUGCAGCCGUCUCAGGUAUGUGUUUGGUAGGGGGAUCUGUGUUCUAAGUAGGUAUUGUGGUCAUCAUCUUCAGUCGCCAGUCUCCCCACCCAUGACAUAUAUUUAUCUUCCCAUUUCUUCAGUGUGUCGCCUAUUUCUCCUUGUAAUCUGCCAUAAUUAAGGUCCAAAAGACCCUGUGGAUCUUUCGGAAUCCGCAGACCCAGGAACGUGAGGUGGUCAUCCCUCCAGUCCAGUGGGAAUGAGUUUGAAGUGUGGUAUCCCUAUCCCCAUAGCUUGGGUUUUCGUGACAUUAAGUUUAUAGUACGAUUGCUCCCCAUAUCUUUCCAUUUCCUGCAGGAGGUUUGGUAGUGAUAUGUGCGGUUGUGUAGUGUGAGUAGUAUCAUCUCAUGCUUUGUGCUCCUAUCAUACCGUGUAUCGCACGUAUCUUCUUGUCAUUUCCCUGUCUCGGACAGAAAUCCUGCAUUGAGUACCCUUGCUGAGGGCUCGCUGUAUAGGGCCUGCACUACCAACACACAAACCUGAGGGGAUUCCGAACUUGCCUAGAACUGCUCGUAGGAACCCCCAGUGGAGGCGGUCAAAGACUUUUUCAGCGUCGAGGGAGACCAUCAGUCCCCCUCGCCGCUGGUUCUUCAGGUGGUGGAGGAUGUUAAUGACCUUUCUGGUGGUGUCCGCUCCCUGUCUUCCCUUGAUGAAGCCCACCUGGUCAUUGUGGAUUAUGUGUGGUAGUAUGUUUCCCAGCUGGUUUGCGUACCGUUUAGCGAAUAACUUCGCAUCGGUGUUGAGGAGGGAGAUGGGUCGGAAGUUUCGCAGUAUUGUUGGGGUCUUAUUGGGUUUAGGAAGCAUGAUGAUGUGGGCGGAUUGGUCCCUCUAUUCUGUAAUGUGGAGUCCCCCACCUGUCCCCGUGCUCAGUCUGGAGCACUUAAGUUACCCUACGGGUGUGGUGUAUUUCCGUACAUUACCCUGCCCCGUAGUUGGUAGUCUUGUACUUUUUAGGUGCCAUAGAGCAUCCCCAUUCAAAGUCUCUGUCCUUUAUCUCUUUUUUUCGACCCAGGAGAUGUCCGCAUAUAUGGUGAUUCCUCUGUAGGCCGUAGGCCAGUCUUUCUGUCUCCUGCUAGCGUUGAGUAUUGCUUCUUUAGCAUGGUAAUAGUGCAUUCGUAGCAGGAUGUCUCUUGGAGUGUCUGCUGGCAGGAAUUUUGGUUUGGCGGUUCUGUGGAUUCUAUCCAGCAGGAGCAAGUCCUGUGUCAGGUCUGGAGCCAGUUCCUUCAGCAGGCCCGUUACGUGGGCGGUGAGGUCUUCUGUUUUUACCUCUUCCGCAACUUCUCGUACUCGUAGGUUGUUGCGGCGUGCCCGGUCCUCCAUAUCCGCAAUUUUGAGGUCCUGGUUGUCCAGUCUUAUUACCAACCCCUCCACCGUGUCUGCUAGGGAAUUGUGGGCCUCUGCCAUUUCCGAGAGUUGAUCCUCUGUGUGCGAUGUGCGUUGGCCUAUGUCUUGUAGUUCUUUUAUUAGAUCUUUGAUAGCGCUGUCCAUCUUCCCCACAAUCUUGUCUGGCAUCUCCUCUAGAAGCUUUUUCAAAGUGCUAUGGGUCAAUGGAUUGUCAUUUUCGUUUUCACCAGGCUGGGUCUCUGUUUCCAGUUCCCCUCCAGCGCCAUCUUGUGAGUGCUCUGCCUGGUUUGAGGCCUUGCCCUGCCCUGCUCUGGAGGCAAAGAAGCUGCUUCUUUCUCCCCUCUCGCCGGUUCUCUUGCUUUUGGGUUGGGACAUUGUGGCUGCAGGCGUUAUCUGGACCUGAUCUGAGGCUUUAGCGUGCUGUUUAUGACUCCUUUUUUAGCCGGCACGGAGCUCUAACUACAUGCGGAUGCUCCGGUCCGCGUCCAGGACACGCCCCAAAUUGAGAAAUAUUUUAAACAUCCAGUAGAACAACUUUGAUAUUUUAGAGGUGACUUAUGAGAACACACUUCUGAUUCUCAUGCCUCCCAUGAGCUCUGUGAAGUUAAUGGCUCCAUAGUGCAUGAUGGAAGACUACAGCUACCUCAAUACAGCAGGUGGUGUGAGGACAUGCUGGGACAUCACAGCAGUAUUCCAUCUGCUCCCUGAUCCCAAUUUCCAUCCCUAUAGAUAUAAAUCAGAAAGCAAGACCUACCUGAGGUGGAGCAUACCUUAAUAUAGCUGCUCUGUUGGUGGUAAGUGCUGAUAUAUGUUGCCGCUCCCACGUAUAUAGGGACCUCUUCCUCCUUGUCACAGCAUUCAGAAGUGUAUCGGCAGGAGGGAGACAAAGUAUAUGUGUGGGCCGUGGCACACUGAAAUGCAGCACGAGCCAUCUUGGCUUAGGCUACAUGCACAAGUGUGUAUUGAUUUUAUGUAUAUAAAAAAUAAACACUCACACACACACACACACACACACUCUCUGUGUAUUUAGAAAAAAAUAGCCUUCUGCACAGAAAAAUACAUUUUGCUAAUCCUGGCUUACAAACCUCCAUAAUCAGAGAAAUGUGCCUUGCAUCUUUUAUUUCAGUUUACGUUUUAUUUUUAUACAUCAUUUGCAGUAUACUCGACAUUUUAUGUGCAAUCUUGUAUUGUUUCUUGCUGUUGACACAUGUUGAAAUGUCUUAAAAUAUGCGGUGUAUAUUUUACAGAGAAAACUGUUGAAAAAUAUCAAAUUGCGUAGAAAUGUUCCUAAACCAUUUUAAAGUAAAUCUAGAAACCUAAAUUUGGUUCUGAGUAUCGGUACUUUACCUCUGGGCUUAGCUCAGAGGGUUUCUGCCUUUGCUGAAAGUGGUGGAGGCAGAGAGUGGUACCGGCUAGCAGACCCUUGAAAAGUAGUUCAAUUGUACUGAUCUUGUUUGAUCAUCUACAUUUGGGAGCAAGUUGUAUUGGUUAUGGUGCUUGGAAUGUUCAUUUUAACUGUUUGGUCUGGCUGAUCCUCUUCAAAAAUCUAACUCCAUAACUUCUACUCUAUCUAAUGAUGACAGAUGGACGUGAACUAUAUUUUCCAUCAUUACAACUGUAUGGGCAUCAUGUUAAUUGCCAUUUACUGUCCUCUACUUUGCCUUUGCAUAUAUUUGUGUACCCCUUUUUUAAGAUGCUCAGCAAGACUGACUUGCCCCUUCGGUGAGAUGCAUAGAAAUUGUAUGCCAGACACCUUGUGAGAGAUUCAGGGAAAGCGCUCCUAGCAAGGUUGUCUUCUAUCUCAUCCUCUUGCUUCUCUGGUUUUAUACUGGCAGUAUAUAUGUAUAUAUGUAUAUGUAUAUAUAUAUAUAUAUAUAUAUAUAUAUAUAUAUAUAAUCUCUCUAUCUAUCUAUCUCUCUGGGAUACCGCUGGAAAUCUAAAAUAAAAAAAAAUAACAAUGCAACACUGUUGGAGUAGGAACUCGCAAACUCCAGAUGAAGAAAAACACUUUAAAGUUGCUGUCCCCACCGGGGGAGGUCUGGUUUUUCAGUCAGCUUGACGUCCUCUGUAUCAAAAUCAGGAAUCUGAUAGGUAGGUAUAAAUUGAUUUUAUUCUAAACAAACUUGAAUAAAAAGGGUGUUUAAAAAUUGGUAGAUCACCACUGGUCCUACAAGUUUUUGUUUCUAUAGAAUCUUCGUCAGUUUUAUAUAUCUUAUUAUUCUACAAUUACACCUCACCCUCAAAUAUAUAUAUUAAAAUAACCCUCAGUGAGUAAACAGACAAAGAAAGAAAAUUAGAAACCUAGAAUGUGACGGCAGAUAACCCCCCCCGCCCCCCCUCCCUAAUUACUUUUAGCCUGGGAGGGGGGAAAUGAGAGGGGACGUGCUGCCAUCCUUCCUUGGUGGUCGAGUGGUGAGAGUGAACUGUAAGCCGCAGGCUAGAGUUCACUCUCGCGAGAGCUGAACGUUGCCGUGAUAAUGUUGCUCCCCCCCCCCCGGUCAUCCUAGGCUGUUUAUUGAGCACUUUUCUUCCUGGCUACCCCACUUUCUCUCCUCUACCACUCCUUCCCUCAUACUUGGGUACUUUAACAGCCCAAUCAACAACCUCAACUGCCCUGAUACCUCCAGUCUGCUCUCUGUAGCCUCACGCAGUUGUCUACUUCAGCAACUCUUACAGCAGGAAACACUCUUGACCUCCUAUUCACCAAUCUCUGUACCACCUCUAAUCUCUCCACUGUUUCAUUGCCUUUGUCUGACCACCAUCUGCUAACAUGACAUUAACAUACCCCGUACCCAUAUUUCAUCACCCUCAACUCUCCAAUCUCGCAGAAACCUCAACUGCCUUGAUCUCCAAUAUUUCUACUCCAAACUCUUUUUGCCCAUCUCAAAUCUAACUUGCCCUAACUCUGCAACCUCACUCAACAACUCAACUUUCCUCUCCUCUCAACUUGACAUCAUGGCACCUCCUACAAUUAAACGCAGCAAGCGCCCCCCAAUUACAACCCUGGCUGACCUGUUACCUCCAAAAUUUUUUCUAAAACUGCUGGAGAAAGUCUCACUUUGCAUCUGACUUCCUCCACUAAAAAAUUAUGCUGCGCUCCUACAGCCUGGCUCUUUCCACUGCAGAAGUAAAUUACUUUAACACCCUCGCAAGUACAUUGUCCCAUUCACCCAAAUACCUAUUUCACACUUUUGAUGCUCUUCUUCGCCCUUUUACUCCCCCUCCUUCUGCCACCUUGUCCGCCACAAACUUUUCAUCUCACUUCACUGAGAAGAUCUCUACAAUCAGAGAAGAGAUCGCUAAUUUCUCUCCUUCCCCUACCAAAACAUCACCCAACCCCACUCCCUUCACAAUUAUUGCUCUCUCUCCUGGUGCUCCUCCUACCUCUCCUACCUCUCCCAGCGCUCUUUCAGUGUUUCUUUCUCUGCCUCUGCCUCUUACCCCAACUACGCUGUCGGUGUCCCCUACUGUUUUCUUUCUACACUGCCUCCCUUGGUAGACUCAUCAGCUCCUUUUGGCUUCCAAUAUAAUUUCUAUGCAGAUGACACGCAAAUCUACUUGUACUCUCCUGAUCUCUCACAGCCCAUUUUGACUCGUGUCUCUGACUGCCUCUCUGUGAUUUCCUACUGGAUGGCUGCUCACUUCCUUAAACUCAACCUGUCCAAAACAGAAUUUCUGGUCUUUCGUCUCAAGUGUUACUACUCCCGUGUCUGUCUCCCUCCAAGUCAAUGGUGCUACCAUCACCUCUACCUUGCAGGCUCGCUGCCUGGGUGUUCUUUUUGACUCCAACCUCUCCUUCACCCCUCAUGUCCAACAAAUCGCCAAAUCCGGUCGCUUCCAUCUCAAAAACAUAGUGCGCAUCCACCCCUAUUUAACCCCAGAUGCAGCUAAGGUGCUGGUCCAUGCUGUUGUUCUCUCUCGCCUUGACUACUGCAAUAACCUUCUCAGUGCUUUUCAUAACACAAACUUAAAUUGUAGCAUGGAAACCGAUUUACAAUUAAAUGUAGAGCUGCAACAUUCCAUAAAACUUGAACAGAGGCAGUAUGCUCAGUAAUUUUAAUAUACAGGUCAACAAAGAGCUGCCAACACCAUUAAAAUAAACAUCAGAGUUCUCAUACUAGUUAUUUAACCUUCUUAGGAAUUUAUUACUGGGUUUCCACUUUGGUUGUAACAGACAUCGUAAGAAAGGGAUGCUCAAAGCUCUAUGAAAAACUACAGUCUGCUGUAGUAGUCAUGGUGUUUUUGUAAUAUAAUAAUUAGCCAUUUGGUUGUUACAAUAUCUGAAUUGACUGUUCCUUGUUAACAUUUUCUGUCAUAACCUAAGCGAAGAAUCACUGAAAUUGUCAAUUUUGUGUUGACGAGAUUAUACAAUUGGGAACAGUUUUAUGAAUACUGUGUUUCAAUUACUAGUGCUGCAAGUGUGCACUCUCUAGUUCGGCAAACAACCGUUAAAAGCAUUUUUCUCCAUACGUAUAUAGAAACAAAUUGGUUCUAUUUCAAAUGUACACUUGAAGUACCAUAACCACUAUUGCUUAUCAUGGUGGCCCUUUCACACAUUUUUAUUCUUGGCAAGGUUUGUUCUUGGCUGUCCCUAAAGUACUUGUGGGGAAAAGGGUAUAAUAAAAUUACAAGGAAUCAGAGAUAGGAACAUUAAUGAGAGUUUGAAAUUAUGACUCAAUGCACACAAUUUCAUGCCCUACUAGAGCACGUAGCACAGCAGGCUUUUCUAAACCCUGUUAACUCUCCCCUUACCUCUCAUCCUCUUUGCCUGCAAUUACUCCGAUAUUGUUACACUGAUAUGGAGUUAUGCAGUCAUGAGCCAUCCUCUCCCAAAUCAAGCUCUCCUUUAGCCACAGCACAACAGGUGGUUGUUGGGUUUUUAUUUAUUUUUUUCCUUCCUUCCUUUCUAGCGACUUACUAGAAUGUCUGUCUGAUAUACUCUAUGGUCGGUUGUGUUAAAGGUACACUAUAGUCACCUAAAUUACUUUAGCUAAAUAAAGCAGUUUUAGUGUAUAGAUUAUUCCCCUGCAAUUUCACUGCUCAAUUCACUGUCAUUUAGGAGUUAAAUCCCUUUGUUUCUGUUUAUGCAGCCCUAACCACACCUCCCCUGGCUAUGAUUGACAGAGCCUGCAUGGGGGGAAAAAAACUGGUUUCACUUUCAAACAGAUUUACCCUAAAUAAUUGUUUCUCAAUCUCUAAAUUGAACUUUAAUCACAUACAGGAGGCUCUUGCAGGGUCUAGCAAGCUAUUAACAUAGCAGGGGAUAAGAAAAUCUUAAUUAAACAGAACUUGCAAUAAAGAAAGUCUAAAUAGGGCUCUCUUUACAGGAAGUGUUUAUGGAAGGCUGUGCAAGUCACAUGCAGGGAGGUGUGACUAGGGUUCAGAAAUAAAGGGAUUUAACUCCUAAAUGGCAGAGGAUUGAGCAGUUAGGCUGCAGGGGCAUGUACUAUACACCAAAACUGCUUCAUUAAGCUAAAGUUGUUCAGGUGACUAUAGUGUCCCUUUAAUAAUGGGAAAAUGCCAAAAAUACAGUAAUUUUAGUAACAACUUUAAAACCAGUCACUACAAUGCUACAGUGGGAAACCACUGAAAUACUUUCCCUAAAUAGUUUGUGCGAUUGCUAAAUAUAUGUUUGCUUUAUUGAACUCUGGAUACCAUGAGUGUCUUGCUGCAGAGUUACAUCUAUCUUCUGUGAUACCAUCCAUAACCGUGUGUGAUGUGGCCUGUCUUUGUGUGAUGACUACAUGUGUGUUUAUAAAAUUCCUGUCUUGGCAAGAUCUGUAUUGGGGAUGUAACUAUUAAUGAAGUAUAAUGUGCAAUCACAGUGCCUUUUCCAAGUAGAUAAAAGAUGCUGUUCUUGUUUGUCUGUCUGCUCGUUUGCCCGUUUUUUGUGUUCUAACCUAGUGUACAUUUAUCAUUUUGCUAAAUGUAUAUACCAAGUGAAUGGUAUCACUUUGGCACUGUUAAUUUAUAUCUUAUUCUUAUUAUCUGGAUACAUUGGUUCUUUUAAUGGAGUUGCAUAAACACUGUGUAUAUAUGCAUUGAAAGGUCAUUUGAAAGACAUUUUCACCAUGCCCAUGAUUACCCUAUGUGCAUUAAGACCUCUAAAUUAUUGUGAAGAGACAUGCCCUUUUGACUGCCAUCUAAUAGUUGGUCAAUUAUCCUCUACCACUCUAAAUACUGUUCACAUUGAACUUACAAUGUAUUAUAUUAGCUUGCUUCUAGAUUUAAUGUUCUAAAACUGCAUGCCUCAUUUGUCUCGAGUCUAGACCAGUAGUUCCCAGACUUUUUAGGUUCAAAGUGCCCUUGCUAUUGCAAUAUUUUUUUUCCAAGGCACCCAAAGUCAAAACCAUUUUCUAGGUUGUGUAUAUAUGUCCAGCUACAAAAAAGAAAAGUCCUGCGCUCACUCCCAUCACUCCUGGGUGGCAGCAAUGACUACAGUACACAUCAGCCAAUACAUAUAGUAAAAACCAAAGAGAAAAGUUACCUGCGCUCUCUCCUUAUUCCCUAUGUAUAUUUAAACAAAUGGAGGUCAUUCAGUUACUCCAAUGGCCACUGGAGGGAAUGCCCGCCUGCCAACGUCAAGGCAGACCCCCUAGAUAGGUCAUUGCUGCCGCGCAAGUUUUUUUUAUAUAUAUUUUUUUUUUUUUUUAAUUAAUUAAAAAUAAAAAUGAUGCCCCUGCUUACCUUUUACCUGGGUGGGGGGACAUUUCCUGCAAUCCCUGCUGGUCCUCCUGGGGAAGCCCUGGUGGUGACCUCAGGAGCUGCUAGUGUUCACUCUCACGAGAUUCGGAACAUUGCCGUGGAAAAUGCGGCAACGCUUCGAGCACGCGAGAGGAGAAAGUGACAGAGCUCUUUCCCUCCCUGCCAUCAGCAAAGUGCUAGCGGACUCUGAUCUCCCCUUCAGUCAUGCAGAGUUGGCAGGGGAGAGGCAGGCACGGUUCCCGGUGCGAUCAUUAUAGCACUGGGAAAAUAACUUGCGGCUUCCCUGUGGGCGCUGCGGCACACAGUUUGGGAACCUCUGGUCUAGACUAUAUCUGCUUUAAAAAAAAAUUGAGAGUAGGGCAUAUCAAUUGAUGUGUUUUUACCAGUCUUCAAUUUCUGCUCCCUGAAGUUAGUGGAGUAGUGUCCAGGUACCAUCGUAAACCAUUUCCAAUUUGCCGGAUGGGCGAGGCAUGGCUUGAGCUGAUGCUCUCAGCCUUUAGCUUACCUUCCAUUUAUUGUUUUUUUUUAUUUGUUUGUUUUUUUUUUUUCAUUGGGCUGCCAGUAACAGUCUGAAAUUGUCAUGACGCUGUCAUAUUAUAAAACUUGCAUUCCCCCAGGCACAGGGUGAGAUCCAACUUCCUGACUACAAUGUUGGAAAGAAUGUUUCAAUUUCUUAUGGUAAGAUGGUGUCCAGACAAUCCUGCCCCGUAACCACUUCAAUGAGCUUUAAAACAUUUUAUUUGCAUAUAGGUUUUUUUAUUUAUUUUUGCGAUGACUCUCUGCCAAGCACAAAAAAGGGGUUAUACCAGUGAUUUUUCAGCCUGAACUUCUGCACAUAUUGAACUUACUGAAUUAUUAAUUGUGUGCUUGGGGGCUAGUUCAACAAACGGCACACUUGACAUUAACUCCGUUCCAGUUUACCCAGUGUCAAUUCUGUGCAUAUAAAAACCCUCCCUCCCUCAUUUCGCUGGCCCAGAGAGCAUGCAUGCAGCGGCAAAACAUUCCAGUCGCUGUGCAAACCUUUCAGUAGCACAAAGAUAGAUACCAGUAGAAAAGAAGUGCCCUUAAAAGGUAGGCUGGGCACCAUAACAACUACAGCUUGCAGUUCUGGUUUUGCUGCAAGGAAUCCCUUGGUGACAUCGCAGGAUAAGUAGUCAAACCAUUUUUUUAGUAUUGUUCAAUAUUUAUCUGAGUCUCUUUUGACACACCCCUGGAUUUAUUACCCUUCUCUGAUAUCUCUAAAGUGUAGGUCCCUAUUUCUACUUUAGUGACCUCAAUUCUACCUGGGUUUGGAUGUAAUUAAUUAGCUAAGAACAUCAGCUGCUUUUAAGAGGGUUCCAUUUAGAUACAUCAGAAAGAGGCAGGGCCAAUGGAAGCCAUGGGACCCUUGUGAUUACCUGGUGUGGGAAAGCUUGCGGAGUGUACUGGCUUCAUAUCUAUUACAGCAGCCUGUAGACUUAACUGGGCCUAGACUGAUCUUUAAAUGUACAUUUCUAUAUUUGCAGUAGAGUCAAAUAUAUAUGUGGGAGCGUAAUGCUAAAACUUCCUAUAUGCUUGCAUUGUAAGUUUCUGCAAAAGGGAAAAAACUAACAAACUUUGUACCAAUGCAUCACUCUACUCCCAAUUCCCAGAAGAUGUAAAGAACAUGAACUGCUUUCCUCAAACACAAAUGCUUCACAGCCACUUACUUACUCAUUCACUAUUUUACAGCUCUCCAUAAGAUUUCUAUGUUCACUCAACUGAGUGUCUGGCUUUAUUGCAUUAAGGCAGGGGGUGGGGUGCUUGUGAAGCUUGCGUUUCCUAUUCUGAAUUCUUAAUGAAUACUGGAUUUAAAUUAAAUUCCUAUAAAUAUUCCCGGGGAAACUGUUCCAAGAUCUACUUUUGAUAAGCAGAGCUUUAUGAAUUUAAUGUCUUCCUUCAAUACAGUUUCACUCUUGCCGCAGAUGUAGCAUUCAGAAUACUGCAUAUGUCCUUUUAUCCAUUGACUGCUAACUCAAUGACAAAUAUUUUGUAUAUAAUUUUUUUAUUUUUUUUUUUUUAUUUUUUUUUUUUAUAUUAUAACCAUGGCACAUAGGGUAAAAACUAAUAAAAUGCCAACAAUGUGCCAGGGUGCAAAAAGUAUAGUGAAAUAAAGUAGGGUUGCUAAGCACACAGGUUAUUCUGUGUGCUUAUUUUUUCUUUUUAUAUUGCCUACUUAAUAUCUCGCUGUGGCAAUGCACUGUUUGUAAAUUAAAAGGCAAUGUUGAAGAUGUCUCCUGGCCCAGCUCUUUAAUUUGUUGCUGUCUGAUUCCUUGUGCUGUGUAUGUCUGACUCAUUGCUGGUAAUUGUGGUAACAGGCUCUAAGAAGAAAGUACGAUGGUUUCCCGUUAGGCGACUCUUCACCCAUUCCUGUCCCAGCCUCAGGAUUCCUAGCAGGUUUUUGAGAGAAGGUGGGUGAUUACCAGCCAGUUUCUUUUUUUUUUUCUUUUUUUUUUUCGACUUUUUUUUCUUUGUCCUCCUAGCUUCUGUACUAACACUUUUUUUUUUUCUCUCUCUCUCAAUUAAUUGUUUUUGAACUAUUCUAUUAACAUAUUCUUAAUAUACAUUUAUACAGAUUCUUUUAUGUGUAGGUGUGCAUGAUGUGCAUUUUUUGUCUUGGUGUUUACAAUAUCAUUUAGAGAUCAGGAAAGGUAAUACAUACCAAUUUUAGAUAACACAUCUUAUUUGCCUUUUGUAGCUGGUAUACACACAUCUUUCUAUAUGUGAGCAUUAUUUAGUUAUUUUAUUUUUUUCUUUAAUGUGAAACCAUUCAAAACCUCCCCAAUUCUUUAAUGAUAGAGAUGGCCCUUAAUUAAUUGUAAUUUUACUUUACACAAUUCCAUACCUAUGUGAUGUGAGAAUAUACCAUACCGAAGUGUACCCUUUAGCGAUGUUUAACUACAUACUCAUUUCAUGUCCUUUGAUUGUUUCUCUUUGUAAUGUAUUAAAGACUGAGGGUUGUGCGUUUUGUAGAGCUAUCACCCUGAUGCAGGAGUUUGCAAACUCGCAAAUCACUGAAGAAGAUUUGAAAUAGAAGAAAAGCUCCCAAAGCUUACUAUGGGGUACCAUGAGGGCUCCGAUAAAUGAAAGGAUAAAAGGACAAGAAGAUGACUGGAUUAGGAAAUCUGAUGCAUUUGCCUUGCCAGAUCCUGGACCUCAGAUAUAGUGAGGGUCAAAGCCAUUUUUAUCUUCAGAGCAGGGGUGUUGAAUCACAAAGUGAAUUGUAGUCUGUAAUGGUAGUUAUAAGCUAGGUCUAUGUUUCAAAGCAUGGGUAAUGUGGGAAACUUAUUUCACCAUGGCAACACAAACAGAGCAACACUGAUAAGAGUGUAAGAUGUUUUGGUUCCCAGUUAAUGCUGACAUAUUUUGAUGCAUGUGAUUGGCUUCAGAUUGUUGGCAAUGUAGCAUGGUGUACACCAAGUGGAUAAAUUGCAUGAAAUUGUAGAUGAGCCAGGAGUGGAGCCUGACCACACCAGAGCAGACGCACUUUCCUAGAGUUCCUGCAUAGCCCACCGUAAUCCGACAAAAUCAAGGGCAUCUCCCACCAAUUCUGGCCACAUACCCUGCUGUUGCCGCCGAUUUUUAACUUUAUUUAUUUUUUUUUCUAACGCCUGGCUCCAAAAAUCAAUGCUUUGGUGGCAUGGUCUACUGGGUGGGCAGCAACGGGCUGCAGCAUGAGGAUUCUGGCCCUGGAAUACACCAGACCUGGAAUUUUGGCACCCCUACCUACAAAGUUCAGGUAAGAGGGUGGCGCAGGUCUGAAAAAUCGCCCCUACAAACCUCGGAGCCGCAGCGUGACAUAGGCCAAAUGCUGCAGGCACAGUGCAGACCCAAACUCCCCGCAAUGCUACCCCACUGCCCUUAGAGGAAGGAGAACCACAGGACAGCCCGACCCUCACUUGCAUGGUUAACAGAAGACUGCACCCCAGCCUUGAAAAGAGAGAUACAGGCCUGCAACCGAAUCUCAGACCGAUAUGGGAAGCAGAUCUGGCAUUAUUAAAAGUCAACGUGCAAGCAGUGACCGUAUGAAGUCAGGCGACAGAGGAUGAAGUUGAGGGACUGAAAUGGCCUUCAAUAACUGGGGGAGAAGGUACAACACCUACACUCCACACAAGUAAUCAUGUCCAGACAAGUCAACCUCCUGGACAACGGGGGCGAUGCAAAAACAUAAAGAUCAAAGAGCUACAGGAAUCAGUGCCGCUAGAAAAAUUGUCACACUUCAUCAGGCGCCUAGUGGCCACACUUCUACAAACCAGACAAGCCAAAACAUUCCUGUUCGGAGUGUACAGAAUAGCCAAAAAACCUAACAAAGCUCUGUGAGACAUCAUACUGCGGUGCCAAUCAUUCAGACAAACUGGGGCUAAUGGCAGGACUACAAGGGAAGACUCCUUUUGCGUUUGAAGAAUGAUGACUCUCCAUCUCUCAGGACUUAAGUAGGGCCACACUGCUCUGGCGCAAAAGUAUGCAACCACUCACUAAGCCACUCCAAGUAGCAGGCAUUGCCUACAGUUGGUCGACCCCAGAGACCUGAACUAAUUUUCUCUGUCUACAGCCUUUUAUAUUUUAGUUUGUCUCUUAUGUUAUGACGUUUCUAUAAUCUUCUUUUAGUUAUAACUUAUGUUGCAGCUUCCUAGCAACAGUUCUUGAGAUGAGAAAAGGGUCCAUUGAGGUUACCUCUAACUGUUCCGAUGACAGUACUAAAAGCACUGGAGCAACAUACUCCUGACUAGCAUCAAGCUUUAAGUCAUAUCUAUCACCACUAGCCCUAAGCCCUAUGGACACAGGUCGCGACAACGCGUAGCCACCACGGCUAUAUAAAAGUCAGAGACUCACAGUGCACUAUAACUAUGGGUGACAGCCAGGUGGCCGCAGAUCGGAGCCAACAUGGGUGCAGGCCCAGUUAAAGCUAGGGACACCCCAGAGAGACGCUGGAACGCACCACAUCCAUAUCAUACACUGUGGGCCAUGGGGCGCACCAUAAACAAUUCUACUUAAAAGGCAUGACUGGGGAAACUGCACGCAUUUCUUAUUUUUGUGAUGCAUUUAAAAAAAAAAAAAAGGGGGGGAGGAUCAGAUCCAUCUAAGAUGCAAUCGUUCUUAAGAGUUGAAUUGGAACUGAAAUAGUUUUAUUACUAUUUUAAGAAGUCUCGGUCUUAGUAAGAGGCACACUAUUCAUCCAUGGUCCCUAGCACCCAGACAGAUCCCUGUUUUUUGUCAAAUGUUACUAAACCUAGGACAAGGCCAGGGCUUUCUUGGUGCAAUGCACUCUAGUGUUUGUGUUGCCAUCUCUCUCUGCAUACGAUUAAGCCAUCUAGGAAUUGUUUGUUAAACAGGGCCACGCUUGCUGCUUGGGGACCACCCUCAUCUCCGCCACAUUGAUAAUGCAACAAUGGUUUAAAUGUACCUUUUCACGGUCUCAAAUAGGCACACUCUAAAAACUUUCAAUCCAUUUUUGUUUGAUAUGGUGUCUCUGAGCUUCAGUACUCCGAGUAAAACCAAAUCUGCUUCCUUGUAGCUAUCAGGGACCCUGGAGCACUUCAGACCCAGUUGCCGAGGCUGGACUGUGAUCACUGAGGGCCUUUUCCACCCUGGACCAGGCUACUGUGAUUACAUCCCUGGACACCAUUUUCAUCAGCAGAUUAUAUCCCUUUCUCCAAACACUUGGUGAAGGUUAAAACCGCAACUAACUUUGAUAGACGUAGCACACACAUCUAUGCCCCCAACAGCCUCAUUUACAUACAAUAGGGUGCAUAGAGGGAGGGUGGGGCCAGACAAUAGCAGGGGGCUGAUGGGAGAUUGAGGAGGGACAAGGCAGCUAGUUUAAACUGCUUUAGCAGUGUCCCUGGAACAACACCCUGCUGGUGAAACAAUAGGACAGGAAAAAAGUGGAGGGGGAAUGGCACAGACAAUUAAUACAUUCAACAUAUCCUGAGCCAAUACUAUGCACAGGGUGCCAAAACACAAGAGGAAUCUGGGGACCCACACAUAGUGUCUGUCUUCCAUUCCCAGUGAUGGUGACUACCAUUAGUGUCAUUUUUUUUUUUUUCCCCUGCCUUUUGCUAAUAACUACAGCAAUUUGCAAACCUAAUUGGCUAUGUCAGACACUUUCUCCCUCCCUGUGAAGGCAAGGGAGGAAUUUAAAUUGCAUAGUUUGCCAUCUAACUUGUGCCAUACCUCCGGUCUCUGGCUCUCCCAGAAUGCUUAAUCUACUUCUAGACAUAAGUGUUAUUUGCAGUGUAUGAAAACAUGGUGCACCUCUCUUUAAACAAACCUGAACAUGGCUGCCUGCUUAAACAGCUGUUCUACUCAUGAAAUCUGAGUUUUGAGUCUUUGGAUUUAACUCCAUAACCCAUAAAUGUAAAUUCACACAAUAUAGAUCAGAAUUAGAGGUUCCUGAUUUGGAGGAGCCUCUUCCUUGUCAAGGAGGAAACUAAUACUGCUUAAUACAUUAAAAAGAUGUAUACAAAUAAAAAAAAAUACCAGCAUGGAGUGCCCCUUUAACUUUCCAUUUAGAAAUUUAAAAUCGCUACUAUAAUCGGCAAAACCUGUUUGAAGGUUAUGAGAGGCUAGUAAGGAAAGUUAGAUUCAAAUAUAUUUUCUUGGGAAUACAUUUCUAAAGCACAGAAGAUUCCACCCAUCAGGUGGACUAUAAGCAACGAGGAAUUGAUACGGGAUGUGUGUUCUGGAGUGAUCAUUCUUAUGCAACAGAAGCCUUUUGGUAGUCAGGCAGACAUUUCACAUAGACCUGUUGCCUAAUAAAAUUAUUUAUAUUUGUCAAGAGCAUAAAACGCAUGCUAUAUUUAUUUAUCAUCUAUGGAACACAUUCAAUUGUCAUGCUUUCCUUCUGGUCCAAGAGUUUCUUAUAGAUGACCAGUACUUAAACUGUGAGUAACCAGUCAUGAGGUUUAGUAACUCUUAUUUAAUAACAUUACAGACCCAAUUUUUGGAAAUCUGUUUGAGAUAUAUUCAUUCCUUUUUUAUUUUUUAUUUUUUUCUCCGUCAAGUAAUUCCCAUCCAAAAAUUAACACAGAAAAUAUUUAUUUUUUCUUUCUUUUUACUGCUAUUGAACAUACAAUUAAAAAGUAGCUUGCUUUUCAAAGUUAAUUUUGCCUGGCCAUGUAGAAAAUUUGUCUAAAGUUAAUUUAUAAAGGAAAGGGGUGGAGAUGGUCCAAUGGCAUCAGAAAGACCCUUGAUCUUUAUCAAACUGUUCCAAAAUGGUUUGUUAAACCGAAGGAUAGCUCCAGAAGAUUUAAGGGCAACAUAACUACUAUGGAAAGUGGUGGUGGUUGUUGAUUACAGUGCACCUCUUAAAGAGGAACUGUCCCUUCCAAGGUUUUUAAUAUUCUGCUUACUUAACCCCUUUGUUAAAACAUGUUUUUGGUAUAAAAAUAAAAUGUUAGGGCAGCUAUGCCAAGAGACUGCUCUGCACUAGAAUAAAGGGCAGUAAUCGCCUCUUUUAAAGGGAGGGCCGGGGUCUUAAAUAGUGUUUAUUAAAAUUGGUGUCAGGAAUACACGUUUUGCAUUCUUGACACAAUAGUGUACAUUUAAGUCCCUUAUAUGGCAGCAGUCUUACAACAGAGAAGUAAUUUAAAUUCCUUCUUUGUUCAAAAUUGGGUUAGUUUACUGUAUACUGUGUCCUUUUAAAAAAAAAAAAAAAAAAGUUUCUGAGCAUGUGCAAAUUAAGGUGAUGCUUUUACCAUUUCACCCUUUUAAAAAUAGUUGUUUAACUUCCCCUUUUGUCACUUAAUUUUUUUUAUUUUUAAUAAAUGUUUUGCUCCUCCUAUGAAAUCUGUCAAAAUGUAAACUCAAGAAAGUGUGUGUAUAUCUACCGUAUCAAUCAAAGCAUUAUCACUUUAACCGUUAUUGCAUUUAAGUUUUUGCUUACAUAUACCUAGAAUAUGAUAUACACUAUAUGGACAAAAGUAUUGGGACACCUGACUGUUACACAAACAGGGACCUUUAUGACAUUGCAUUCUAAAUACAUAGACAUUAAUAUGUAUUUGGUACCCCCUUGUGCAGUUUUAACGUCUUCUGGGAAGACUUUCCACAAGAUUUUGGAGUGAUUCCAUGUGAAUUAUUGCCCAUUCAUCCAGUUGGGCAGUGAGAUCAGGCAAUGACAUUUGGACGAGAAGGCUUGGCUCGCAAUCUCUGUUCCAGUUCAUCCCAAAGCUGUUCGAUAAGUUUGAGGUGCGGGCAAGUAAAGUUCUUCCACACCAAACUUCUCCAACCAUGUCUUCAUUUACCUUGCACUGUGCACACAGUUAUGCUGGAAUGGAAGAGGGCCUUUCCCCAAACUGUUCCCACAAAAUUGGAAGCAUAGCAUCGUCUAAAAUGUCUUUGUAAGAUGAUGCAUUAAUAUUUUCCGUCAUUGGCAGUAAGGGGCGUAGCCCAACCCGUGAAAAACAGCCCCAUACCAUUAUUCCUUGACCAAAGUUUGCACAAUGCAGUUAGGAAGGAAACGUUCUCCUUACAUCCGCCAAACCCAGAUUUUCCAAUCAGAAUGCCAAACCGAAAAGCGUGAUUAACCACUCCACAGAACACAUGUCCAGUGGCAGCACUCUUUACAUCAUUCGCUGCCUUUUUUUUUUAUUUUUUUUAUUUUUUUUUUUUUUAUAUAUGCGACUCCGCACUCUGUGACACUGCUCUGGGACUUGACCUGUUCAUCCGCUUAGUGGAUGAGCUGCUGCUGUUCCUAAAUGCUUCCACUCUUCAAUUAUUUUGUUCAUAUAGUGUAUAUCCGUGCUCAACAAAUCCUAGGUCGCCGUACCGACUAGGAAUUUUGUGCUGGCGCCUGUGUGUUUGUCAGCCUGUUCAACACUGCACCAGUGCCUGCAGUUGCGCAACUACAGUGGUUGUGAGUGCAACCGGCCCUCUGUGUUCUGCCUGUCAUGGGGAACCCUACAGCUGGUCCCCCUGAGAUGGGUGGCUUUGCGGAACGGAGGAAGCAGUGGAAGAAGAGUUCGAUGUAUAAGGGGGCAUAAAUUCUUGUGAUGAAAAUAUAAUUUUGUCUCUUUAUACAUGGCUGGUAAGACCACUCCUUGAUUAUGCUGUGCAACUUUGGGCACCUGUUCUAAAGAAGGAUAUCAUGGUACUAGAAACAGUGCAAAGACUAGCUACAAAAUUGAUAAAAGUAAUAGAACUUUUUAGUUACGAAGAAAGUUAAAAAAAUUUUUUUAACAUUUUAGUUUGGAAAAACGGCGCCUCAGAGGGAAUAUAACAUUAUACAAAUAUAUUCGGGGCCAGUACAAACCAUUAUCUGGAAAUCUAUUCAUAAACAGGGCUAUACAUAGGACACAUUUAGGCUGGAAGAAAGGAGAUUUCAUCUAAGGCAAAGAAAAGUGUUUUAUUUUUUUAUUUUUUUUCAGUAAGAGCAAUAAGGAUAUGGAAUUCUCUGCUUGAAGAGGUAGUUUUCAGAGUGCAUACAGAUGUUUAAAGAGCAAUUGGAUAAAUACUUGCAAAAACCAACAUACAGGGAUAUAAUUUCUAAUUAGUGGGAUAAUGGCUGCUUGAUCCAAGGAGAUAUCUGACUGCCAUUUUUGAGUCAAGAAGGAAUUUUUUUCCUAGUUUGUUGCAAAAUUAGAAGCGCUUCAGAGAGGGUUUUUUGCCUUCUUUUGUAUCCACAGCAAAAACGAAUGUGAGGAAGGCUGAACUUGAUGGACGCAAGUCUCUUUUGCGCUAUGUAACGUAAGACUACAGGAUUGUAGCUGCUCUACUGGACCCCAGGGAAAGUAUUCACACUAGCUCUCCCGAAGGUAGUUGGGCGGUCCUGAAUUGAAAUACAACAAAUAAUUUGUGUGUGAGAGUGUAUUGGUACUUUAUAACUCUAAAAAUAAGACAUCUUCAUGGCCACAAGAAGCCAGGUGGGGAAAAAUAAUUUAAUAUAUUCUGAUGUGACACACCAGAUGUUUAUGCAUUAACUGUAGUUAAAUGUCCAUGACGUUUUGGUUCUAAUAUUUAUGUGUCAAUUUAAAAGAAUGCUUUUGUGUUGGGGAUAUAAACCUGUAUUCUUGAAACCAUGUGAAGGGGAGGGAGAGGAGAGGAAGAGAGAUUUCCCCACAUCACCCAGUCUGUCCACAUGGCUGGGAUCAUUCUUGAUGAUCUCAGCCAAUUCUAGGCUUUUACCAUAGGAAGGCUAUUGCACAUGGGUGGUAAAACGCAGCAAUGCGCCAAUCCGCAUGUCCUGAUAGAGAGAUGCAUUGAAUCAAUGCAUUUGUAUGGGGAACAUUCAGUGCCACCAUGCAGCGCGUGGAGACGCUGAACGUAGGUGCUGGGCACUCUGGGCUAGAAAGCCGUUUGUCACUAGAGGUGUUACUAGGCAACUGUGUAUGGCAGUGUUUCCUUUAUAAAAAAAAAAAAACCCUGCAGAAACCGACUAGACACCAGAACCACUAAAUUAAGCUGUAGUGGUUCUGUUGACUUGUCCCUUUUUUAAGCUUUGUUUAAAGGAUCACUAUGGUGUCAGGAAAACUUGUUUUCUUGACACUAUACAACCCUUAGGGUCCUCCCCUCCCUUGGCGCUGAACAGGUUAAAACCCCUUCAGUUAGUUAAUUUAAUCCAGUGCCGGGCUCCCUCAGCACUGGUGACCUCUCCUCCCCCUCCGACGUCUGCUCCCAAGUGGAGCAGAAUGCGCGGCAAGAACCACACAUGCAUUCAAAAAGUCCAUAGGAAAGCAUUUCUCAAUCCUUUCCUAUGGACGUCCUGCACGCUGAAUGCGAUUUUCGCAUCGCAGAAGCGCUUCUAGCGGCUGUCUGGAAGGAAACCACUAGAGGCUGGAUUAACCCUGCAAUGUAAACAUACCAGUUUCUCUGAAACUGCUAUGUUUACAUCUGAAGGGUUAAAACCUGGGGGACCUGGCACAAAGACCACUUCAUUGAGCUGAAGUGGUCUGGGUGACUAGUGUCCCUUUAAAUAAAUCUUUACUAGUGUAUAUACAAUGCACUUUUAUGGGAUUAAUUGAAUGCACUUCUGUUUAAAUUCUAUUUGUUUUGCACUGUAAGUAGUAAAUAUUGUAGUUGGCAUGUUUUCCUCCCAUGUUAAAUUAGUCUAGGACCCACCAAUAUUGGAGUACUGUGACGUAGUGGUAGGCUCACCACCACCACAUGGCCAUAUGUAGUAGCCACAUUUGUUUGCUAAGAUUUUAAGUAACCUUGUAACAAUUUUAGCUGGGGUUAGCAUUAAAGUCUUUUCCCCCAUCAGCAGUGGGGGGGAAUCCUAAAAUUGCAAGAGGUGAUUAUUGGGUGCAUAUAUUGCCAUGUCAAAAUGUGAGCUGUACUAUUGCCCAGUACACCUUUUUAGAAUUGGAACGUAUCAUCUUUCUUAAUCUGUUCUGGAAACCAGGAUGGGACACUUUUUUUCCAUGGAUUGAAACGGCCACACCAUUUUGUUUUCGGUGUGAGCCAGAGGUAAAAACAGAGGUGCAAACAUAUUCCGAAAUGGUCUACGGUUUGGCUUAUGGAUCCUGUGGUUCCUGUAUUACAGCAAUAUUGGCAUUCAACCGCUUUGUAAACAAUGAUAUUCUCUUAUUUGUUGUAUUUAACUCGUUUAAAUUAAGGGACAGGUUAAUUAGACCAUCUGCAAUGGCUACCUUCUGUGUCCAAUCAGAAUACAUUAUCUCCCUCACCAACAGUUGUGGGACUGACUCGUCUGGCUCCCACUGAACCACCACACCUCGAAGGGGAAAAAGUAACCCAAAACUAAAAAGUGUAUAGCCACUUUGUCAAUUGGAUUCUGAUGACAAAACAAAUUUCAAAAUCUAAACCUAGUCUUGCCUUUCUUCAGGUAUAAGUCUGGGAGCAAUCUCCUCAGCAUUCAGCCAAGAAACAACAUUGGACAGUUGAGGCAAGGUGUAUCGCGACCUCCUGCGUCAACAGGAGUCAGUUGGCAAUGGUAGAAAGCAUAAACUAUCAACCAGUGAAGAUACAGUGCAUGUGUGCACGCCAUAUUGAAAUGAGGAGAAAAUAAAUACCAUCUCUAACUACCUAAGGUGAUCAGAUUAUGAAAAUACAGUGAGCUUGUAGAACAGGGAAAAAAGAGAACCCUCACACAAAACUCUGGCUUCUUAGCUCUGUCAUUAAGUUAUGGACCCCGGUGGAUCUGGAAAAGCAAGCCAUAGUCUAGGAGGUGACGCAUCAACCCUGUUGUCGUGCUCCUGAGCAGGUCAGAGAGGAGACGAUUGCAAGGGUUAUUGGUUAAAACGUUAUUUGUCGUAUAAGACAUAACAAAUUUACUGAAAAUAAAGAAUAAAGGGCAGUCUGCCACAAACCGGAUACUUUGUGAGAAAAAACAGGUUUUAGGCGAUAUGCCACAAACAAGAUCUUUAGAAGGUAAAUGAAUAAAGUCUUUUGUAUACAAGCAGGCUUGAAGUUAUACCAAGUAGUUAAGGAUUUUCAGAAUAUUUUGGAUAAAACCAUACAGGAUCAUGCAGAGUUGCAGAGGUUGAAACAGGUAGGUAUAGUCCAAAAUAAUAUAAUGCAGGUUGCUUACGAGAUCAUGCAGUGAUGCAGCAAUUGAAGAGUUAAGAUUCUUCAAUGAAGGCAAUACGCCACAAAUCAGGAUUCUUGGAAGCUGAUAAGGAAAGUCUUUUGGUAAGAUGUAAUUCAGGCAAGUUCAGGAUGAAGGAAUGCAGGUUAGUGCCUUUCAGUAUGAGGAAAAGCAGAUGAGUACAGGAUGAGGCACUGCAGGUAAGUUCUCUACAGAAUGAAAUCAUGUAGAUAAAAAUACAGGAUAUUACCAGGAACAGAGAUUCUUUAUCAGAGCAUAGACUUCAAUGUCAAGGCACUGUUGUGUGCCAGGAGUAGUCUUAUCAAGCAUCCUAAUUAGUUAAUCCAGGUGAGGUUAUUAAGGUGAGUAAAUAGACUAGUGGCUAGGGAGGCCACUAGAGGAGAAAAUCAUGAAGGGGGGGGGGGGGGAGAAGACUACCAAGAAUAAAAAUCACACAUACAAAGAUGUAUAAGAGUUAAGUCCCACAGUAGAGCAGAAGCAAGAACUGGUGAGGUGAUUUGCAACAAUGCUCAUACAGUCCUCCCCACCCCCCCCCAUCAACUUAUUGGUAAUAGGGAAGACUGUUCAAGACCCAAAUUAUCUCUAUUCUGUGGGUAGGGAUGGUAGCUUUGGUAAGUCUUCCUGAGGCACAUUAGAGCUUGCAGGUAAGUAUGUGGAAAACCACAUCUGCCUUUUGGUCGAAACAUGACCAUUUUGCCUUUUUGAAAGGAAUUCCUCACAUGAGUUUUAGUCCAUGUUAUCGGAGGAUGUCUGCAACUGGUUUCCACUACCGCCUCCUCUAUAGUGUAGUGGGACCCAGGUCUUGAAAGAUUUGCAACAGGACAUCUUUGUAAACAAUUAAAUUUGGAUCUGUAAAUUUUGAUGACAUUUUUAAGUUUCACUACUUAUCCACUAAAACAAUCUGUAGGCUGUUCACCCUCUGAUAUUAUGGCUGUGAGGUCCCCAUGUGCUCUAUUAGCCAAAUGUGUUCUGGAGUUUCUGGUGAUUAUUUUUUUUUUUUUUUUAGGUUUGAGAAUUUGCAGCAAAGUGGUUACGAGAGCCUUCUUUAGCCUGUUGAGGCAGGCCCUGGAUUCUAAAAAUCAUUUCUUUGUGUGCAGUUGGAUCUCCCUGAGCUGAUUCUGCUUCUAGCAGCCUUGUUUUAAAAACAUUGGUCUGAUCUAUAUUUCUGUUGCAGACCUCUACUCUUUCCUCCACCACCACUGUUCUCUGGCCCAGUGCCUUAAUUUCAGCCUUAACCUUCCUUAUACUCCUAUCCAUUUCCUUUGCCAAAUAAGCUUUCAACUCACUCAUCAGGUUUAAGAUCUGGGUUUCCAGGGAGACUGCUCACAUCCUAGCUAGCAAACAUAAGGCUGGCCAUGGCAUCACCAUCUUAUGAGACCAGGUGCUGCUGUUGGGGAAAAUAAAUGAACCACAGAUGGCUCCUUUAUCAGUUGCUUCUUUGGGUAAAUGGGAGUAGCGUUGGGUGUCGUUGGGACACGAGAGCUGCGGUUUUCACUGGGGUAUUCUGCAGGAUGAAGCUAAUUGUGAGCGACUUUGCAGCCAUACUGACCGCUUCUGAACGACCCUCAAUAGUCAGGCACAUAUACAAGGUGACUACCUGGGUGUACCCCUUUUUUGUGACCAGGGGUCUGACCAAAAAACUCUUAUGGAGGAAAUGACAAUGGUGCAUAAGGGGGCUUCUAGUUUAAGCACAUUAGAAUGUUUGUAAAAUCCCUAUAUUUACAUACCUCAAUCCAGGAUGAUUUGGGUUUCCCUCAUUAGUAGUUUAGCCAUUAGCAUAAGUAUGGGGGCUACAGAAAUUCUGCAGUCCCUAAUACUUUCAUUGAGGCUUUCUUGUAACAAAUUUGGUAACAUUUAGGAGGUUAUUGUUGAGCAUCUAGGUAAGUUGUAUGUGUCCAGUAUUGGAGCUGAAUAAGCGUGCAGCUAACUGCUAUACAUCAUGGGAAGUAUGCCUGUAUAUUAAGACAAGAGGAGUCAAAUACCAGGGCUAAUUAGGGCCGGAUUAACAUAGGGGCUGAUGGAGCGGCAGCUUCAGGCCCAUGCCCAUUGAAUUUAAAAAUGCUCCUCUUUACAUGCUCUUGCUUAAGGAUGGCAACUUAAGAGGGAUGUAGGGAAACACAACUGGUGUGGACUGGCUGACCAUGAAACUGGUUAAGGUAAAGCUGACUUUAUGCACUAUGCAAAUGCUCUUGCUGCUUCACUCUCUCUAACACGGUCCUGUUCCCUUUCUUCUACACCAAGCAUGUCAUACGCGCGGGCCGCAUGCAGCCCACAAUGGACAUCUUUGCAGCCCGGCAAGCCACAAGUACAUGCUUGGUGUUAAAAGCAGAGUAGGUACCUGCUUUCUUCACAUUGCGGGUGCCUAAUCUGCUAAAAUUUACCUGGCCAGGAGGAGAGGUCGCUGAAGGAGCUCACUGCUUACUCGCGUGCACCGUUGGUAGUGAUGCUGGGUGCCGGAAUAUGAUGUCAUAUUUCGGCAUCACUAAACUGCGUGCGUGAGGGAGCAGUGCGCAGCAGGUAGAUCUCCAGAUUGUAUUUAUCCCUGGGUUCCAGUGGAGAUCUUCUAGUGUGUGUGUGUGUGUGUGUGUGUGUGUUUUUCUGUCGGUGGCCGGAGUGGCAGCGGCAAUGUGAGUGGAGUCUGCUUGUUGGCUAGAGAGGGGUGCUGGUAUUUAGUAUAUGAGGGGACAGGACUGGGAUUUAGUAGAGGGGAUUUUUUUUUUUGGCCCACAUAAACUUAAACCUUGUUUAUUUGCCCCUUGCAAGACUUUGCGCUCGACAUGCUUGUUUUACACUCACGGCAUACACCUUUUCUCUGUCCCAGACUAUAUACCAAGAUAUUCUGCCUGUUAGUAAGAAGGUAAGGAGAGGGGCAGACCAGUGCGUAAUAGGGAACAGUCCUUAGAAGGUGUGGUGUGGAGAGCAUCAUUAGAGGCAUUUAUGCCAAGCUCAGGAUGCUUUCUGCAUAGUAUGCACUUGGCUUGUCAGCCUGAUUGGCAGGCAGCUUGGCAUGCAUUCAUGCCAGACUGACCACCUACUUCUUUGGGCACUCUCUCCCUUUUUGGGCAUGUUUGCCCCUUUGCGUGGUUCUGGUGAUUCGUGUCACCAGACCCCCACCGGCAUUGUUUCACCAGAAACUGCUGUUGGGGGAUAUGGAUUUACUUGAAAGAUGAAAGCUAGAGAUUAGAAUAGCGUAUGUGUUUUCGGAUAGCUAUAUCCUGUGUUUCCCUCCAGCACCACCUUUGCCAGAUACAUGCUGCUUGGGAGGGAUGACUAUUUUAGUGUUUUCAGUUAAUAAGAUUCUGUAAUUAGGCCCAUCAUAAUGGAUAGCACCGGGCCCAAUAUGCUCUUAAUCCAGCCAUGGGUCUAAUGGAAAACAUCAGAGGAAGUCUGCUUGUAUGUUGUUCCAUGGACACAGGAAAUACCAAUUCCAGCAAUAACUGAGAAUAACCAUGUAUAAUGGUUGUGCUUCAUGGCGGUCUGUAUAUCGGAACACAGAGGGGUUGUUCCUUGGAGAAGACUGGGACUGACUAGGACUGUAAGUACAUUUGUUUAUAUUCUAAUUUUGACUUCUAUAAAUGCUCUGUAUGACUUGGUGUACAACCUUCAGUCCCAACAGAACAAACUAGUCCAUAUGUAAUGGACUAGUAUGUAGUGUGGAUUCUGUUCUUUACUUUGGCCUCUUAAUCAUAUAGAGCAUACAAGAAUGUUUGUUUGCUCUGCAUUGGCGUUAUCCUACCUCUAAUGGUUUAAUCUUGAGAGAAGUAAUAAGACUCUUCAGAUGUGGGGCAGGUGCUGCUUAGCCUAACUUUAAAUUUGUGAAGAAGUUGGCUUACAAUACAAAUCCAGCUAUCUCAAUUUGCAGUGUUGAAACUGGAUGUUAUAGAUAAGUUGUUUGUUUGUUUGUUUGUUUUUUUUAUUUUAUUUUUUCCAGAUAUCUGCAUUUGAACAUAUUGGCUGAACAUGACUCCGUUUUUUUUAAUUUAAAUUUAUUUGUUUUUUUUUUUAUUAUUAAAUAAGGUCAUCCUUGGCGGUUAAUUUUUAUUUAUUUAGUUCAUGAACAGUCAAUGUAUGUUAAAAUGAAUUUGAAGCAAAUGUGAUUACCUCCCUUUCCAUUGGUUUGCAUUCACUGUGCCUGUUAGCAAAAUGAAAGUUGGUUGUUCUGUGCAACCUCAAAAAGGUACAUUUGAUACAACUUGUGACAGAGCCCAGUACCCAGGCUGAAUACCUCUGUCUGUAGUCUCUUCGAGCUGGAGAAAGUCGUUCUGCGGUGAUGAUAACCCUCCCCAAACAGUAGGUUGCGCAAAGUGUAGGGUGCAGUAAUGGUUUAUUGUCCACAAACAGCCAUAUUUAUAGAGACAAUAAUAGGGGGUUUUACACUGGGACAAUAGGUUACACCCUAGCACCUCUGAGUCUGGGGAUUAAUUCAAACAAAUACCACUGACUUUAGUUAAUCCCCUGCCAAAAUACUUAAACACCAAAAAUCACAACUUUAAUAUAACGCACAUUAUACAUUCCCAGACAGAUCUCUUUUCCCCCAAGCAAAUUGUCCCCCAGGAUUCGAUGUUCUUGGCCUGAAAAAUCAUUGAGUGACGUUUAACCAGACAGGAGCUACAACCUGAUCUGGCGCAAAGUUUCAGGCUGCUGCGGCUAAGUGCCGGUCCUUAAAAUUGUCUGUUUUCAGCUUGGAAAAGGGUGGUUCUCACUGGCUCAUGGUGAGCGAUUGUUGGCAUUCAUAUUCCUUAUCUCUCCUCUAAAAUAGCACUCUCCUGGAUUUUCAGUUGUGGGAGCAGGAGAGGCCGUUGUCUGCUGGGCAAUCGCACUGGAUCAGGCCGAUUUAGAGUUGAAGUUAGUGCCUGAUCCCGCUGGAAGGGAGGCGGCUGUCCCGGUCUUCUCCUGCUAUUUUCUGGCCUGGGAACGGGGCGCUCAGCCUUUAUAAUGGUUUGGAGAGUGUAGUGGGCAAGCCAGGUGGUGAUCAGUUGUUUUGUAUACUGUGUAUUUUAGGAGUCCUGCACCAUAUAAUCCUGGAGAUGGCGCGCAAGGGAGCAGUAAUCUUCCUACUGUUCUUGCUCUGCUCCCUCGUGUGCCCUACAGAAAUGCCGGGAGCCGCGAUAUGACCUUACGCUGGCCCUGUAUCAUUAAACAUUGUGUGGAAGUAGAGCAGGAAGAUUACAGGAUCACAGCUGAUGCACUGGACCUCAGGGGAAGGAUCCACUCCAGCACUCCCAUAAAUAGGGAGGCUAGGUGGACUUCAAUUUAAAAAAUUAAAAAUUGUAAUGUGUUUUUUUUUUUUUUUUUUGACUGGAAAAGGUAGUGUUCACAUUAUGGACAGGCUAUAGACACCAGAACCACUACAUUAAGUUGUAGUGGUUCUGGUGACUAUAGUGUCCCUUUACGGAGUUCUAUGCUGUCUCCAUUUAAAUGGGCUUUAAAGCCGUUGCAGCGGCAUAGAACGCCAUAACUGCUUUCAGCCCCAGGAGGUAAAAUUUACUUGCCUCCGCCACGAUCCACUUCGCGAGGACUGCCUGACAGCCCUCCCCCGGCAAAUCAGGCCCCCGGGGGCCAUGUGAUUGCUCUAAAAGAGCGAUCACAUGGACCCCUAUAGCCGGCUGUGGAUCUGCCAGCAGGGGGACUGUCUGAAAUGUCACAGUACCCCUGCUGGUGGGAAGUAUUAAAAAAAUAAACAUGUUUAAAAUAAGUAUGUAUGUGUAUGUAUGUGUGUGUAUGUGUGUGUGUAUAUAUAUGUAUAUAUGUGUGUGUAUAUAUAUGUAUGUAUAUGUGUGUAUGUAUAUAUAUAUAUAUAUAUAUAUAUAUAUCUCUCAAAAAAAUAAAGGGAACACUUAAACACAAGGUAACUCAAAGUCAAUAACACACCUGUGAAAUCAAACUGUCCACUUAGGAAGCAACAUUGAGUGACAAUUUCAAAUGCUGUUGUGCAAAUGGGAUAGACAACAGGUGGAAAUUAUAGGCAAUUAGCAAGACACCCCCAAUAAAGGAGUUGUUCUGCAGGUGGUGACCACAGACCACUUCUCAGUUCCUAUGCUUCCUGGCUGAUGUUUUGGUCACUUUUGAAUGUUGGCGGUGCUUUCACUAUAGGUGUAUGAUGAGACGGAGUCUACAACCCACACAAGUGGCUCAGGUAGUGCAGCUCAUCCCGGCUGGCACAUCAAUGCAAGCUGUGGCAAGAAGGUUUGCUGUGUCUCAGCGUAGUGUCCAGAGCAUGGAGGCGCUACCAGGAGACAGGCCAGUACAUCCGGAGACGUGAAGGAGGUCAUAGGAGGGCAACAACCCAGCAGCAGGACAGCUACCUCUGCCUUUGUGCAAGGAGGAACAGGAGGAGCCCUGCAAAAUGACCUCCAGCAGGCCACAAAUGUGCAUGUGUCUGCUCAAACGGACAGAAACAGACUCCAUGAGGGUGGUAUGAGGGCCUGACGUCCACAGGUGGGGGUUGUGCUUACAGCCCAACACCGUGCAGGACUUUUGGAAUUUGCCAGAGAACACCAAGACUGGCAAAUUCGCCACUGGCGCCCUGUGCUCUUAACAGAUGAAAGAAGGUUCACACUGAGCCCGUGACAGUCUGGAGACGCCGUGGAGAACGUUCUGCUGCCUGCAACAUCCUCCAGCAUGACUGGUUAGGCAGUGGGUCAGUAAUGGUGAGGGGUGGCAUUUCUUUGGGGGGGCCGCACAGCCCUCCAUGUGCUCACCAGAGGUAGCCUGACUGCCAUUAGGUACCGAGAUGAGAUCCUCAGACCCCUUGUGAGACCACAUGCUGGUGCGGUUGGCCCUGGGUUCCUCCUAAUGCAAGACAAUGCUAGUCCUCAUGUGGCAUUGAUGCUAUGGACUGGCCCGCCCGUUCCCCAGACCUGAAUCCAAUUGAGCACAUCUGGGACAUCAUGUCUUGCUCCAUCCACCAACGUCACGUUGCACCACAGACUGUCCAGGAGUUGGCAGAUGCUUAAGUUCAGGUCUGGGAGGAGAUCCCUCAGGAGACCAUCCGCCACCUCACCAGGAGCAUGCACAGGCGUUGUAGGGAGGUCAUACAGGCAUGUGGAGGCCACACACUACUGAGCCUCAUUUUGACUUGUUUUAAGGACAUUACAUCAAAGUUGGAUCAGCCUGUAGUGUGUUUUUCAAUAUUAAUUUUGAGUGUGACUCCAAAUCCAGACCUCCAUGGGUUGAAAAAUUUUGAUUUCGAUUUUUAAAUUUUUGUGUGAUUUUUUUUGUGUGAUUAUUGUUGUCAGCACAUUCAACUAUGUAAAGAACAAAGUAUUUCAGAAGAAAUAUUCAGAUCUAGGAUGUUAUUUUUGUGUUCCCUUUAUUUUUUUGAGCUGUGUGUGUGUAUUUUAAUGUUAAUAUAAGUGUGUGUGUGUGUGUGUGUAUAUAUAAUAUAUAUAUAUAUCUCUAUAUUCACGUAUAAUUACAAUAAUUAAAAUAUAAAAUAUUUUUUUUAAAUUAUACAUAUGAAAUCUCAUUCUAACUGUAUUUUGUUAAUAUAUAGGUAACUAUUAAUAUAUAAUACACUUAGAAUGAUAUAUAUAAUUUCAUAAAUAACUACAUAAUUAUACACAUAGAAUUUAAAUACAUAUAUAUUAAAAUUCUACGUAUAUAUUUAAGUAAUCUUUUAACAUAAUUAUGUGAUUUAAUUAGUUAAAAUUGGAUUGACAUGCCUGAAAACCCGUGCAGAGAAUUUAAUAAACACGCACUAAAUUUAACCCUGUAACUUUCUAAGACCCCAUAAAACCUGUACAUGGGGGGUACUGUUUUACUCGGGAGACUUCACUGAACACAAAUAUUAGUGUUUCAAAAUGGUAACUUGCAUUAAAACGAUGAUAUAUUUUAGUAAAAGUGGUUUUUUUUUGGUUUUUUUUCUUCACACUCGAGCGUCACUUUUACUGACGAUAUAUUGUAAUAUGUUUUACUGUUUUGAAACACUUGUGUUUGUGUUCAGUGAAGUCUCCCAAGUAUAACAGUACCCCCUAUGUACAGGUUUUAUAGUGUUUUAGAGAGUCAAAUACAUUGAAAUUUGCCAGAUUGGUUAUGUUGCCUUUGAGACCAUAUGGUAGCCCAGGAAUUACCCCCAUGAUGACAUAUCAUUUGCAAAAGUAGACAACCCAAGGUAUUGAAAAAACACUCUCCAAAUAUUAGUUUUUUGCUUUUUUCACACAAAAACAAAUAUGAACGCUAACUUUGGCCAGUGUUUGUGAAUAAGUGCCUACUAAAAAUGACUGGACAUACCCCACUUGCAAUACCUUGGGUUGUCUACUUUUGCAAAUGGUAUGCCAUCAUGGGGGUAAUUCUCAUUCCUGGGCUACCACACGGUCUCAAAGGUAACAUUACUAAUCUGGCAAAUUUCAAUUUGAAAAAAACAGAAAAAUGGAAUGUGCUAUAUUUGACCCUGUAACUUUCCACAACACUGUAAAAACUGUUAAUGGGGGGUACUGUUGUACUCGUGAGACUUUGCUGAAUCCAAAUAUGGUGUUUUAUUGCAGUUAAAGCUAACAGCUCUCUGUCUUAUUUUUUUGUUUCAAAUAUGAAUAGUUCAUGAGAAAUUAAAGCCCAGUUUCUCCUGAACAAAAUGAUAUAUAAUUGUGGGUGCACUUAAUAUGAAAGAGGUGAAUUACGGUUGAACAGACCUAGCGCAAAUUCCAGUUUUUGUUUACAUUUUGUUUUGAUCAGAACGUGUACUAUUGACUCCGUCCUGAAGGGGUUAAGAAUUGUAUUUUUGUUGUUGAAAAUAGUGGUUUAUAAAAAAACAAACACAACUGGCUUUUUUUUUUUUAAAGCUGGCUCCUAGAUUCCAAGCAAAUUUGUCAAGUCCUGGCUCAUACAUAAAUAUAUUUGGCAGUAUAUAGAGAAUUUUAGUAUUUUUCCCCACCCAUAUUUUGCUUCUUUAUCUGUUGAGAUCAUCUGCUGAUUACAGAUCAUUUACAUUUUAUGAACCUGCAUGUGAUGUUUGGUUCUAGAGCGUCCUAAUGUCUGCCCCAAUGUAUGUUGGGAAUGUGUAUGCUCAGCUCUGUUAUUUUUUUUUUUUUUAUUUUUUUUUAUUUCCUCUCUCUCCCUCCUAAACUGAUAUACUAGCAGUGAAAUAUGUGGCGGUGACUGAACCCUCAGAUGCAUGGACUGUAUCAGUCUCUCUCUCGGAGUUGUGGUCUUUUGUUUGGAGGUUAUGCAUGAUUAUAAAGUACAGAUGAUCACACAUUUACUAAUUUUCAUUCUUUGGGUGUGGACUGGAAGCUCUUCUGUUUAUUCCCAUGUAUCUUAUUUGACAGAACACAGAUACAGAUGAAAUCUAGGGAAUUUGAUAAACUGUUUUGAGAUCUAUGAGCUUGAUAUCCUGUUAUACUUUACUUUCACAUUCUGCAUUUGAGUUUUGUGAGUUUUUCAUAACCUAUACUGUUGCGUUUGAAUUGUUGAAUAGUUCUCGCUGGCUAUUGAGAAAUCCCUCCCUGGAUAAGGAUUGGAGUCACCAGACUUAACUCUAACUGGGCAAAUGGCGACCUCUUCGUCCUUCUCUUCUUCGCCACGGGAAAAAUUGUAGAGCUGCUACCUGCGCUUCAUAUUCUACUCUUACAAGGAAUUACUGCCUGGACAUUCUGAUGGAUAUAUCCAUAUCCUCUUAAGGCUUUGAAUACAUAUAAUCUCUGCAAUACACUUAUUCCUCCUCCUUUCUUGGUUUGGGGAUUCCCCAUUCACCAUUGUUGGCCAGGAAAUAAGAAAAAUCUUACCAAUAUCUGCCAGAAUUUAAGAUUUGAUACGUUCUGUCCUGACUAAGUGGUGAUUUAACACCUUAAAGGACCACUAUAGUGCCAGGAAAACAUACUCGUUUUCCUGGUACUAUAGUGCCCUGAGGGUGCCCCCACCCUCAGGGACCCCCUCCCGCCCGGCUCUGGAAGGGGGAAAGGGUUAAAAACUUACCUUUUUCCAGCGCUGGGCGGAGAGCUCUCCUCCUUCUCUCCUCCUCCGUUCCUCCUCCUGGGUUGAAUGCGCACGCGCGGCAAGAGCUGCGCGCGCAUUCAGCCCGUCGCAUAGGAAAGCAUUUACAAUGCUUUCCUAUGGACGCUUGCGUGCUCUCACUGUGAAAAUCACAGUGAGAAGCACGCAAGCGCCUCUAGUGGCUGUCAAUGAGACAGCCACUAGAGGAAACAGGGGGAAGGCUUAACCCAUUCAUAAACAUGCAGUUUCUCUGAAACUGCUAUGUUUAUGAAAGAAUGGGUUAACCCUAGCUGGACCUGGCACCCAGACCACUUCAUUAAGCUGAAGUGGUCUGGGUGCCUAGAGUGGUCCUUUAAGUAAUGCUGCCAUCACAGAAAUGGCCAAGAAAAGAAAAUUCUGAUAAUGGGAGUAAGAAUUGUCCUAUAUAAUAUAGUUUUUGCUCUACUGCUGAUAAGACUACACAGGCAAUAGUCUAAUACAUCUUAGCUGUGUCUUUCUAUUGUUAGUCUGACGGGAGGCUUCUCCAUAAACUGUUUAAUAUUCACUUAGUUUUUAAAUGAGGUCGUUGUCACAUCAGUAGCCAUGUCUUAGUUAUGUAUUAUUUUUAUUUAUGACUAUUACCUAUGAUGUAUAAUUGUCAAAAUGUUUAUUUGCCUCCCAAUGAAAGGUUUAAAAAAAUAAAAAUGUAAAAAAAUAUGAGAAAUUAAUUAAUAAUUAAUAUUAUAUUAUUUUUUGGAGGGGGGGUACAUGUAUUGGUGUGUGGGUGUAGGUGUGCAUGUACAUAUAUUCGGUAAUUUGGUUGUAUUUAUAUGUACUUGUGUAUACUUGUACAAUAUACACUACUUGUGUAUAUGUACAUGUGUCUGUGUAUGCUGGAUAUAGGCCCUCAUGCAUAUCCUAUAACUCUUGGAUGGGAAUUCAUGCAUUCUUAAUAGUUAUAAUUUUUUUUAUUUUUGCUCUCCCAAUCUAGCACCAUCUUCUGCACUGUUUUGCUUUUUUUUUUCUCUCUCUUCCCUCCACCUCCUCUCUCCCCCCCCCCCUUCCUUCUGAAUUCUGUGUUGUUUUGCUCAGAAAUGCUUUAGACUUGAGAAAGGGAGGCCGUUAAAAGGCUUCAUAUACUUGGAGCCAGUUUUCAAAAGGCUCUUUACAAGGUGAGCAUUGUUAUGCAUUAUUCCUGUUCACAAUGACCAUUGGAUAUACUGCACUUAGAGUAUCACUUUUCUUUCUCUGUAUCUAUUAACCAUAUAUGACGUGGGGAGAAAUACAUCUAUCAUUCAACUACAAGAAGGUUAUGUGAUCUACCUUAAAGACACAGACACCUGGAAGUUUAGAGCCUUAGAUCUCCAAAAGGCUCUAAAUAUGAGUUUAUCCGUAUUUAUAACUCACAAAUUAAUUCUUGGUUGCAUACAAUAUUGCACUAUUAUUUGUAUCUUUUUUUUUUGUUUUGUUUUUUUUUUCUAUGUACUCAUAUAAAAGUACCAUUAAGGGUAAGCGGAUUUUAUACACUUCAAUCCAGGGAUAUUCACCUCACGCUAUACCACAAGCGCUGCACUCUAAACUAACAGCCUGAAGGGUAGAAACACCUAUUCAGACUGAUAGUUUCUGUUCUUUGGUGAUUACUUCUAUGUAGUGGGGUAUUGGGAGUACCCACAGAGUGUACACAGCAGCUAUACAAACACACUUGAUUUUGAGAUUUAUUUUUGAGCGCCACCUUUUCCAUACUUGUGUUGUAUCCUACCUUUUAUUAAUGGAAUUUAUUUGUUCUGUCGAUAAUUUUCAUCUUUUUUUUUUAGUUUUUAAAAUAUGCUUCUGGGUUAUCUGGUUGAUUAGGCAGAUUAUAUAGCUCUUGGUAAAAAGAAUUAAAUGCUUUGCCAUUUCUUUUCUGGAGCUAAUUGUAGCCCUUCCUUAAUAAUAAUUUUCUGUACCACCAUAGCCAUUUUUUUUUACCCUUGACUUUGUGAGCAUUUUAUUUAGCCUCUAUAGUACCAUUUUAUUAAAGGACCACUUCAGCUUAAUUCAGCUAGGUUUAACCCUUUUUUCUGUAAACAUAGCAGUUUCAGAGAAACUGCUAUGUUUACCUAUGGGUUAUCUAUCUGGCUUAGAUUUUUUUUUUUUUUUAUUUAUUCGCCCCAUGCCUUCUGGAGUACAAGCUGCUUCAAAGAGUGCUUAAGCUUUAGCUUAAGUGUUUUUCGCUCAAGGCAUGUGCAUCCUCUCCGUAUGGCUGCUUGUUCCCUCUCCCCCCCCCAAAUUAAUACGGUUUUAACUUGGGAAUAAGCUGUUGCAUUCUUGGCACAGUUGUUUUAUGGAGGUUCUCAAAUAAUUGUCUUUUAAUAUGUGUUUUUUACAGCUUUAAUAAAGUUUGUCUCUUGGAAUAUUGAACUAACAUUAAUCUAUAGAAAAUCAGUAUAAUGGUGUACAAAAUAAUUAAGCAAACCUAUCUGUUAAUACAUUUUAAAUGUUGAAAAAAGCACACUACAAAUCAUGUGAAUAACGUUUUCAGUCUUCAGUCACUGGUAAGACAGACCACAAAGAAAGAGGUUAUAGUUCUUGGUGGUGGGGGGGGGGUGGAGAAAGCAAGGCAUGGUUGUGGUGAAAGUAGUUAUUACAAAGAAUGUUGUGGAUUGAAAUCUGUGAUUAGUGUGUUGGAAUGAGAGAGAUAACUUUGUUAGGUGUUAACUACUAAUGUUUUUUCCAUUGAAGAUAACACAUGAUGAGUAAUAAAGUAAUGACUGGGAGAAAUAAGAAUAUAGAAUGCUUUCUUUUAUCCUGUGGUCAAUCAUGUUAACACUUAAUGCUUGAACUAUGAUUUAAUUACUUAUUCAGCCCAUAAUUAUUUGUGGUUUAUUGUGCCCUAACAAAUCUAUAUUUCUAUUCUUGAUACGCUAAAGCUUUGUUUAUGAUGCAUGGCCAUUUGUUAGUGAGUUAUUCCUAUUUUUGCUUUACUGAUGGAAAGCUUAACCUCAACGUUUCUGUCCUUUUUGCCUAGUUGAACAUUGCCAUAUAUAACUGGAAAUUUUGAUUCUUUAAUACUGAAUUUAUAGGUCGUAGAUCACCUCCUGCACGAAGUGGACACCGCUGUGUGGCAGACAACACUAAUCUAUAUGUAUUCGGAGGAUACAAUCCAGAUUAUGAUGAAUCAGGUGGGCCUGAAAAUGAAGAUUACCCCCUCUUCAGAGAACUCUGGCGAUACCAUUUUGCUACUGGGACUUGGCACCAAAUGGGCACAGAUGGCUAUAUGCCAAGAGAACUGGCAUCAAUGUCAUGUGAGUAUGGAAAGGAAUCACUUUUUAAAGUUAUUGUAUGAAUGAGAGCCAAUGGCAAGUUCACUUUAAAUCACUUAAUAGCUAUUAGUUAUUUUAUGGCUUCACUGAAAUCCUUUUUACUCUACAUUUUUGGAUCUUUAAAGGAGCACGAUAGUGCCAGGAAAACAAACUUUUUCCUGGCACCAUAGGGUUAUUAGGUGCCCCCCCCCUCCUGCUGGGCAGAAGUUUUUAAAACCCCCUCCAGCCACUUACCUCAAUCCAGCACUGGGCUCCCUCGGCGCUGGUGACCUCUCCUCCCCCUGCCGACAUCGUCUCCGAAUGCAUGGCAAGAGCCGCGCGCACAUUCAAACCACUUUCCUCUGAAACUGUUUACAGCUGCAGGGUUAAAACUAGGGGGACCUGGCACUAGACCACUUCAUUUUUUUUUAAUAUUUUUUAUAUAUAUAUAUAUAUAUAUAUAUAUAUAUACACACACACACACACAUACUUAUAUAGGCUUUUACUCACCAUUACACCUCUAACGAGAAGAAAUAUGAAAAUCACAAUUCUAAUUACAGGGUUCAGGCAUUAAAGAGCAGGUUAGCACAACAGAAAUAAAGGAAUACAUUGAGAAACAAAUGUGUCUGUGUAUCAUCGUUGUGUAUUCCACAUAGCCCUGAGUCUUGUAUUAGUGGUAAAUGAAUGCCAUCUCAGGGUUUUUGAGACCUCUACAAACCAAUAUAAGACCAAAUUGUGAAAUUGCUCAUUAUGUCUGCUGUUAAAACGAUCUUCUGGUGCGGGGGUAGGGGGUUGCCUUCAGUUGACUGGAAUGAGCACUUAACUUGUUGCUCCCUACAGAGUGGCAAAACAGUGACAAUAUAAGCGGCUUAAAGCAGUUAUACAACUAUUUUGUGUGGCAUUAACCUUUUGCUCCGCUAUGGUUACCCAUUGAAAGCAGAAACCUUUUUAUCAAAGUCAGAGCAACCAAAGUGCUCUCCUGACCUUGUGCAAGAUGGUGCUAAUUCCCUGCUCAGUGGAAAGUCGCUAGACUGUGAAUCUGAAACUCGGGCGAGGUGAACGGCUCUAUUACAGAGUUAAGAAUGUGCUCCUUACUGCAAUCCCCAUCUACGGAUCUUAUCCACCAUGUAACCCCAAUACUGCCACGGACAGGAUCUCUACCAUGUAACCCCAAUACUGCCACAGACAGGAUCUCUGCCAUGUAACCCCAAUACUGCCACAGACAGGAUCUCUGCCAUGUAACCCCAAUACUGCCACAGACAGGAUCUCUGCCAUGUAACCCCAAUACUGCCACAGACAGGAUCUCUACCAUGUAACCCCCAAUACUGCCACAGACAGGAUCUCUACCAUGUAACCCCAAUACUGCCACAGACAGGAUCUCUGCCAUGUAACCCCAAUACUGCCACAGACAGGAUCUCUACCAUGUAACCCCAAUACUGCCACAGACAGGAUCUCUGCCAUGUAACCCCAAUACUGCCACAGACAGGACCUCUGCCAUGUAACCCCAAUACUGCCACAGACCUGAUCUCACAUGACAGGAUCUCUGCCAUGCAACCCGAAUACUGCCACAGACAGGACCUCUACUAUGCAACCCCAAUACUGCCACAGACAGGAUCUCUACCAUGUACCCCCCUUACUGCCAGAGACAGCAUUUCUACCAUGUAACCCCCAAUACUGCCAGAGACCGCAUCUCUACCAUGUAACCCCCAAUACUGCCAGAGACCGCAUCUCUACCAUGUAACCCCCAAUACUGCCAGAGACAACAUCUCUACCAUGUAACCCCCAAUACUGCCAGAGACAACAUCUCUACCAUGUAACCCCCAAUACUGCCAGAGACAGUAUCUCUACCAUGUAAACCCCAAUACUGCCAGAGACAGUAUCUCUACCAUGUACCCCCCUUACUGCAAGAGACAGUAUCUCUACCAUGUACCCCCCUUACUGCCAGAGACAGCAUCUCUACCAUGUAACCCCCAAUACUGCCAGAGACAGUAUCUCUACCAUGUAACCCCCAAUACUGCCAGAGACAACAUCUCUACCAUGUAACCCCCAAUACUGCCAGACAGCAUCUCUACCAUGUAACCCCCAAUACUUCUAGAGACAGUAUCUCUACCAUGUACCCCCCUUACUGCCAGAGAAAGCAUCUCUACCAUGUAACCCCCAAUACUGCCAGAGACAGUAUCUCUACCAUGUAACCCCCAAUACUGCCAGAGACAGUAUCUCUACCAUGUAACCCUCAAUACUGCCACAGUGACAUUAUGGAAACGUACAUUGCAUGUAAAAAUUGGACAUGCAUUCCUUCCAUCUGUUUUUGUUUUAUUUUUAUAUUUGGGCAAUGUCCCUUUAAUCUAAAUCUGUAGUUUUCAGAAAUGAUUCCAAUGCGUGUGUGGUUUUUUUUUUUGUUGUUUUUUUUAAUAUAUUUCAGGAUAUUCUAUUACAAAAAAAGGAGAGAGCCCAUGGGAUUGUGUUUCUUUUAAUUAUUUUUUUUUUUUUUUUAGGAACCUUUGUGACCUAUUCACUCUCACUGCAAAACAUACAUUUUAAUAUAAAAUAUGAUAUAAUAUAAACGAUAAAUUUACAGAACUUUCCAUGCCUUCAUUUGCACAUGCUAAUGGAAAAUUGUCUUGUCCUUAUUUGCACACCUAGUGGUUCUACAUGGCUACAACCUACUCGUCUUUGGGGGCACUGGAAUCCCGUUUGGAGAGAGCAAUGGUAAUGAUGUACAUGUUUGUAACGUGAAGUACAAGAGAUGGGCACUGCUCAGCUGUCGUGGAAAAAAACCCAACCGCAUUUAUGGACAGGUAUUGAGUUUAAGUUGAUGUUCAUCCUAGAAAAAGUCUCACCAAUAUGUGUGGGAGUGUGUCAUCUCCAUUAGACAACCCCAGUUGUUUGUAUGUUGCCAAUUUAAAGAUUAGUAACCAAUAGUUAAUACCUAGAAAGUCCAGAAACUAAGCGAAUUAAAGGAUUUGUAGACCUGUGGUCAGAAUUGCAUAAUGUUACUUGGUUAAAGGGACACUGUAGGUACCCAGACAACUUCAGCUAAUUGACGUUGUCUAGGUGCUGUGUCCCUAAUGCACUUAGUGCUGCAAUGUAAAACAUUGCAGUUCCAGAGCUCUAAGUCUGCCCUCAAUGGCUGGAUUCCAGAAGCACCCCCAGUGACUGUCUGGUAGACAAACUGACCUUUUUAAGUGUAUAACUUACCCCAUCUAAGUGAUUUGAUUCCUAAUUUACCUGCGGUGCGCACGCGUGAUGACGUGAAUGGCAAUGGGUAUCCAUAGAAAUGAUGCCAACAACCUCAGUGACAUGCGCACUGCAUGGAGGAAACAAUAUAGAUGUUAAAAGAGAACCUGUGAUCGGGUCAUAGACACGGGAGAAUCUGUGGAAGACAUUUAGACAUAAUUGAACCAAUUAGAGUGGUGGAGAUUGCAGAAAAAGGAAAACGUGUGUGUAGAAAAGGUGUAACAAGAACCUAAGAAGUAAAAAUGUCUGAAGAAUGUGUAUAGAUAAGAAAACCUAAAUAGAUAUCUAAAAAAAAAAAAGAGAAACCUGUGUAAAAAUAAAGUGAUAACAAAAAAUAUAUAACCGUGUAAUAAUGUAAAUAACUGACCAACGUAGUGAACAAAAAAUGAGAAAAAGGAGAAGAAAAAUGUGUGAAACCCUAAUGUGAAUGGUCCACCACCUAACAAUCCAAUAUAGAUAUUGAUAUUCAUACAUAUAUCAUCCAAUACAAGAUAACUUCUACUAUAAUAUAAUACAUCCCUGAUAAACAAAAAUCAGAAGCAAUAUAGCUGUUAAUGCCAAUAAAGGAAAAUUAUAAUGAUUAAACAAUAAAUAAUGUGAAUAUAUCUACGAUGAAUUAAAAAUCAUAUGAUCUAGGAUCCAUACACCUAAACAAUUAAACAUUUAGGGACAUCCAGAAACGAGCUGAAUGAUAUGUACUCAUUCAGACCUUUUAGGAUGUAUAGAAUCCAACUGCUUGAUCCAAAAGGUUUCUUUUUGUAGCAAUAACCUGGAACGAUCUCUGCCUCUGGUUAGAAUGGGUAUCACAUCUAUGGCGAUGAAUUUGAGUUUCACCACUGUUUUUUGUCUUCCCAUCCCUCUAAUUCUGUCCCUGAGGGUUAAUUCCGUUUUAUCAACGUAAAACAAACCACAGGGACAAGAAAUUAAAUAUAUGAUGUGGUCUGUUAAGCAUGAAAUAUAAUGUGCCUAAGUGGACCUAAGAUCCAAACCACCAAUAAUGACAAAAUGAGUCCAGUUUUCAAUUUAUCUUCUAAACGGUUAACAGUUGAUCACAUUAAGAUUUUAUCCAAGGGUUUGACUUUUUGUACCAUUUACAGGACUGGACAGAUUUAUUUUAGACAUGGAAUUAUUCAAGAUGAACAGGACUCUUAAUCUUAACAUGUCCAGAGACCAAUGGUGUCAGUAAGAGAAACAUCCAUUUAAACUAAAGAGUACAAGGGAACCCAAAACUACGCAUGCUUCCAUCAAGACGUUUGGACAACUUAUACGUAAUGAUGUGAAAAGGUUUUGAGUAAGAACAAGUAUAGGGGAGACAAUUUAACAGCAGGUGAAAAAGCAGCCCUGAAAGAUCUGAAGGAUGAUGACCACAUUACUAUCAGACCGGCAGACAAACUGGGUGCGAUAGUAAUUCAGGAUUGCAAGGAUUACAGAGAUAAGGUUUUGAAACAACUUGGUGAUGGUACUACUUAUCAAUUACUUAUGAUCCUACAACUUCAAUCCUUGAAAAAUUACGAGCAUUGGUGUGACGAGGGAUAUCCACAGGAUGGUUGGAUAAUUAUAUAGGAGCUUUCCUGUUGAAUGAAAACCCAAAAAUACCAGUGCCGCACACCUUACCAAAGGUUCACAAGGAGACUCAUAGUUUUGGCUUGAGCAGGGUUAUUAGAACCUUGGGUGAACUUUGUAUUUUACCACUGUAAAUCCAGCAUUGAAGAUAUCUGCCUGGAAGAUACUCAAGACCUCCUGUCGAAAAUGAGAGGGCUGAUACUUCCUGAUUCCUCCGUGAUCUUUGCGACGGUUGAUGUGAAGAAUCUCUUCACAAUUAUACCACACAGUGCUGGAGUUGAAGCUAUACGUACAUGGCCAUGUGAAAGUGACAAGUGACAGGGGUCCACCCAUAGAGUUCUUAAUUGAGUGCCUUGAAUUUUUAUUGUAUCACAAUUUAGAUUUGAGAAGAAUAUUUAUAUUCAGCAAAGGGGGACGGUAAUGGGAUCGGCUAUAGCACUGCCCUAUGCAAACUGCUAUAUUUUUGAAAGGUCCAAUAUUCUCCACCGCUACAGUUCGCAAAUUAUUUCAUACCACAGGUUCGUGGACGAUAUUUUUAUUAUUUGGUCUGGAUCUGAAGGCGAACUUACCUCGAUGAUUGAAUUAAAUGAUGGAGGAUCUCCAUCUUAAGUUUAAAUUAUGAUGAAGAAAAAAUUCAAUUCCUAGAUGUGGAGGUAUGUAGAGUAGAUCGAAUGAUAAGAUUGUCUUCACUUUGUAUAAGAAACCAUGGGACCGGAACACCUUAUUGUACUCAACCAGCUUUCACAAGGUCUCAAUCUGUCGGAGAACUUCAACAAUGCUUUGCCAGCUGGGGGAUCUACCAUCUGCGCAUCGUUUCAGGCUUAUAUUUGUGAGCAGUGUUUGAGCGUUUGAAUGUAAGCAUGUUUUUGUAUUAAGUAUAUGUGUAUGUAUGGGUGUAUUUGUAUAUACUGUUGCCAUUGGAAUGUAGUGGUGUACUUGUUUGUAAUGUUUGCGUCUGAAUGCAGGUGUGCUAUUUGUGUGUAGUGUUGGUGUUUGAACGAAGGGGUGUUUGUAUAUAAUUUUAGUGUGUUAAUGCAGGAGUGUGUUUGUAUGUAAUGUUUGCUUUUGAUUGCAGUGCAUGUGUAGUGGAUUGUGUGUAUAUAUGUGUGUGUAUAUGUGUGUGUGUGUGUGUGUGUGUGUAUAUAGAUAUAUAGAUAUAUACACGCAAAGACAGGAGGUGAUGGGUGACCGUGUGGGAGGGAGUGUGUGUGCUGGUAACCGUGUGGAGGGGCAAUGUGAGGGCAGGGGGAGAAGGGGUAACGGUGUGGGGGCCAUAUAUAUGGUCUCAAAGGCAACAUUGGUUUGCUGGGCCUAUCUCCCAUGUUUGCACAUUUUAAUUUGCCAAAGGGGAAAGCCCUACAUUUGACACCUGUAAGUUUGCAAAAACCCAUAAAACCUGUAUAUUGGGGGCACUGUUGUACUCUGGAGAUGUUGCUGAACACAUAUCGGGGUGUUCUUUGUCAGUAACACAUAACACGAACUGAGAAUCCAUGCCUAAUGUACAAUGUGCGAGAAAAGUAACAAAAAAAAUGACGACCCAAAAGUUUGACAAAGACUGGUGGUAGAAUAAGUGCAUGGAAAGUGUUAAAAUACAACCAUUUGAAAUACCAUAGGGUGUCUAAUUUUUAAAUAUAUAUUGUUUGAUAUGGGUAAAUUUACAUUGGCCGGCUUCAAAAAUGUCCCAAACAUGGCUGCAUGAUGACCAGCUGUGAAAAUUCCAAGUUGGUAAACUGGAAUGCGCACCCUCCAAUUAAGGUCUUCUAGCCCCCAGAGAACCCAACACCCCUAUACAUGGAUGGUAUCCCUAUACUCAGGAGAUGUUGCUGAAAACAUAUUGGGGGUGUUUUUUGGCAGUAACCCUUAAAGUUCUCCAUACAUGUAUUCUUAAAUUGCUAUGUGUGUCAAAAAAAUAAAUUAUUUGUAUUUAUUAAUUUGGCAUAGAUUGGUGGUAAAAUGGUUGCACGAAGAGUCAAAAUACCCCGAGUUUUAUUCCUUGGGUUGUCUUCAUUUAAAAAGUAUAUACAUGUGAAGGGUUAUUCAGGGAUUCCUGACAGAUAUUAGUGUUACAAUGUAACUUGCGUUAAUUUAGAGAAAAAUAAGUGCUACUUGUACUUAUUUCCCUAUAACUUUCCAAAAAAAAAGCGAAGAACAUGUUAACAUUGGGUAUUUCUAAACUCAGGACAAAAUUUAGAAACUAUUUAGCGCGGGUUUUUUUGGUGGGUGUAGAUGUGUAACAGAUUUUGGGGAUUAAAAAAGUGUGUGGUUUUGUUGUUUUGUUUUGUUUUUUCAUACUAUAUAAACUGUAUACUAUAUGAACUGUAUAUAGUAUGUGUGGGUACAGUAAAUGAGUAAGAGGAAAAUUGCAGCUAAACACUGCAGAAAUGUAAAAACAGCCCUGUUCUCAAACGGUAAGAAAAUUGAAAAGUGGUCUGGUCACGAAGUGGUUAAUUACAUGGUUAGCGACCCUUUCUAUGAAAGGUUACUCCAACAAAAAGUGUUUUAAUAACACACUAUGUUUGGUUAGAGUAACUCUUGCAGCAGAGAGAAGUUUAAAAAAAGCAAAACGCUUCACUGCACUUCUCUUUACAAGACAAUCAUUGGUUCAUGAUGCUCUGGGUUUGUAUGUACUUUAUUUUGCUGAGAAUAGGGUAAUUUGGCAUUCUUUCCACAGUGGCAUGUGAGCACUUGGCACUGUUGAGUUGAAAUUCAUUUGCAUCUGAUGUUCUGGCUUUGUCAAGAAAACCAAUGUAAAUAAACUUGCAGAAUUUUUAAUAAAUUAAACCCAAGAGGCAGUUGGACUUGAAACUAUUCUCCCCAACUCAAUACAAAUAAAGGAUAUUUGUUGCAGAGUGAUGAAUACAAGACAACCUACUAGAUGUACCCCUUUCACUACUAAUUAGUGUUUCAUUUUGGGGAGAGAAAAAUGUUAUUUUAAUAAUGAUCAUUGCUGGGUGUGAGUAGUAUAAUCCUAAAUUAUCAAUUUUUUUUUUAUUUUUUUAAUUUUUUUAUAGGCAAUGACUAUUAUAAAUGGUUUUUUGUACGUGUUUGGAGGAACCACUGGUUAUAUUUAUAGUACAGAUCUGCAUCGUCUGGACCUCUCUACCAGAGAAUGGACUCAACUGAAGCCAAAUAAUCCACCGUGCGACCUUCCUGAAGAGAGGUAAAAUGUUUACACUGAGCAAUCCUUCUGCUCAAUUUAUCCCUUUUCCCCUGCCUACCCAUUAUAUACAAUCCCUUCUGUGGUUUCAUGUUGUAGAGGCAAGAGACCAUAAUUUACAAUAGAAAUGUUUAGCCUUAAAGUGAACCUAUUAUGAGAAUUACAUCUUACCUUAAAGGAACACUAUAGAUGCAGGAACACAAACCUGUAUUCCUGACCCUAUAAUGUUAAAAACACUAUAUAUCCCUGCCUUGCUCCCCUAAAUAUAGUAAAAGCUUGACUUUAUUCUACUCUUUAUCUGCUUCCUUGGCUGACAUAAUCUGAAUGCAUUGGAAUGGCAGUCUGUGUUCCUUGGGGACCCACAUGAUAUAUUGUGGGAGAUCUGAUUGCAUCAGGAGCGAUUCCACAUCCACCCAUCUUCUCUCUUUGAGGGGGGCAUGCCACAUUGCCACCUAGGCCAACUGAACUGCGACAUAAUAAAAGUAAAGGUUUGGUAACCCUAGGCCUUCCUGUCAUUUUGGCCGAUACAGUAUGUUUCAGGACACCAUGUGGCAUUUGUUUUGCCACAUAAAUGCACCUAUUGCUUGUUGUAGUGAUGCCAGUCCCGCUUUGGUAACAUGUACUGGCAGAGCCUGAAAAAGAAAGGAUCCUCGGGAGGACAUUCCUUUUGAUUGUGUGGAUCCGUCCUAUCCACAAGAUAGGUUUAUCUAUCCAUUUCUCCAAGUCCUUCAUAAGGAGUUUUAGUAGAAGGUAUGUAAUUCAAUGUAUAACUUAAAUGGGUCAGCAGAUAACUGGAUCCCUAGAUAUGAGAUCGAGCAAGUUGCUAUCUUCAGAGAGUGAGCUUCUCGAAUGGAUGCCGUGCCUGCCGCAGACAGCCCUACUGGAAGAGCGCUUGUAUUUUCGCUAGGAGCUUCGUGUCAUGGUUGAGCGAUAUGGGUCAGUAGUGUUCUGGGAGUAAUGGAUCUUUGCCUGGUUUAGUGGGAAGAACUAUUGUAGAUGGGGACAUGUCUUAUCUUGCAGGCCCUUGUCUCUGAAGUCAUUAAAUAAAGUAGCCAGGUGAGGAGUCAGUUCUCACCUAAAGUUUAUAAUCGCUUCCAUCUAAGUCAUCUGGUCCAGGGGCCUUGUUCCCUUUGAGUCCCCAAAUCGCUUUGUUAAUCUCUUUGGUUGUUACUGGGGAGUUUAUGACGUCAGCGGCUUUGGAGCUCAAUUUAGGUAACCCCAAGGUUGAGAGGAAUGUGUGUGUGUACUGGCUCUCUCAUCCCUCUGUUUGCGGUGGUCCGUGGGGGAAUGGUUAUAUAGUGAUUUUAUAUGUAGUGGAAUGGUUGCUCUAGCUACACUUUUUCCCUUUUGUUCGGCUGUCCGUACACCAAACAAACCGUGUGGGUCCCCAGAUUCCUUUUGUAUUUUGGCCACCCUGUGCCCAUUAUUGGUGCAGGGUAUGUUAAUGUACUGCUUGUCUGUACCUCUCCCCCUCCCCUUAUUUUUUCCUGUCCUAUUAUUUCCCCAGCAAUGUGUUGUCCCAGGGACACUGCCAGACCAGUUUAAACUAGCUGCUUUGUCCCUCCUCAAUCUCCCAUCAGCCCUUGCUAUUGUCUGACCGCACCCUUCCUUAUACUCUAGUACUCUAUGCACCAUUGUAAGUAAAUGAGACUGAGGGUUUUAAACUGUGUGCUUUGUGUCGUCGUCCAGUAACUGGGGGAAAGUGUUUUGGGAUAUUUUACUGCUUAUUUCGGCUACAAGGACUAACCGCAGAGAUCCCUAUGCUUGGUUACUGGAGCUCCGCUACAUUAUAGAAAUUGGUGACUAUCAAAGCAAUGUCUAUCGGGUUAGUCCUAUAGACCCGUUUGCAUGUCGAAGGGAGGUCACGUGAGUAUGCUGCUAUCAUGGCCGUAGUGACCUAGCUAGCAAGGUGUCCAUUUAAUUGGCCUUUUCGUAGAAAGGUCUAUUAGGACCAGAUGAUUGCCCAGGCCGUAUCAUCAAGGAAUAAGUUCUUGAUGGGUGAGCUCACCGUUACUAAUUGGGAUAAGAUGUCAUCCGUGUGGUUCGAUUUAUGUCUCUGCUCUAUGGUCCCCAAGGAGUUUAAAAGUUGUGUUUAAUCUCUGGAUUUUCUGUUUCUUUUUUAGGGUUUCCAAUCUGAGUGUGCCCCUGAUCACCGCUUUGUGCGCAGCCCAUAUUGUACCCGUGCUCGGUUCCGUUAUAUUUUUUUUUGCAAAAUAUUCUGCGAUGUCCUUUUUAACCGCUGCCGUAAUAAUGGUGUCCCGUAGAAAGGAUGCAUUGAAAUCAGCCCAAUGAUGGAACUUGUGUGUAGCGUCACCAUGGACGUGGAAGCUUAGUGUGGUCAGACCAUGUUAUGGAGCCCACAUUGGAUCCUGUGAUUCUGGCCACGCUAAGACUGUUUACUAGGAAGAGGUGAAUACAUGAAUAUGUGCCAUGUGGUGCAGAGAAAAACGCGUAGUAAACAUCACUCUGAUGAUGUGCUCUCCAUAUGUCCACCAGGCCUGUUGACUUCAUAAAUUUGCGCAUCAACUUAUCUUGGAUGCCCAUAUUAUGAGAUCUGGGAAUUCUGCUACAGGAGCUCCUGUCCACAGCUGGGCACAGCGCCACUUUUAGGUCCCCUCUCAAUAUUAUAAUUCCAUUGGGGAGAAAGUGGAGUUUGUUCUCAAUGCCACUCCAGUAAUUGGACUCUGGUGCAUUAGGUGCAUAUAUAUUGAUCAGGUGGAGGGUGCCCAAAAGCAUAAUGUACCGCCCAUUCGGAUCCAAAUCUGUGGGCGUGAUGCGAAAAGGACACCACCUGCGUGUCAGGAUUGCUACCCCAUUACAUUUGCAGGGAGUGCGGGCCUCUGUAGAUGUGCUGUACACAUGGUCCCGUAGUGGGAACGCGGCAUGCAUGGGGAUGUGGGUCUCCUGUAGGAAAACUAUAUCGGAAUUUAGGCGCUUGAGUUCUCGUAACAUGAGGUGCCAUUUCUUAGAAGUAUUGAGGCCUUAUACGUUCAGAGAAGUGAGUUUUAGUGUCAUGACCACUUCCUGAUUGCGUAGCUAGUAAAAUCGCUCACCUCGGCCCAGAGAGCCGCCACCUCAAACUGUGGAUCACACGCCCCAAAGUAGUAAAACUGUAAGUACCGUAUAAGGGUGACAACCAGCUGGUCUAAGGGUAGUUUUUCUUCUUUUAAAUAUAGUCUGCUCCUUUACUGUGUUGAUUCCCUUUAUGUAUUUGAAUGUUUCUAUCUAUCACCCAUGUCUAUUCUUUCGUCCAAGCUAUACAUGUUAAGAUCCUUUAACCUUUCCUUGUAAGUUUUAUCCUGCUAUCCAUGAACCAGUUCAGUAGCCCUUCUCUGAACUCUCUCUAAGGUAUCAAUAUCCUUCUGGAGAUACGGUCUCCAGUACUGCAUACAAUACUACAAAUGAGGUCUCACCAGUGUUCUGUACAAUGGCAUGAGCUCUUCCCACUGCUAAUACCUCUCCCUAUACAAACAAGCAUUUUGCUUGCAUUGUCUUCUGCUCCAUUACAUUGUCUACAAAUACAAAAAAACAAGUCCUGCACCCACUCCCAUCACUCCUGGGCGACAGCAACGACCACAGUACACAUCAGCUCCAAUACAUAUAGUAAAAACCAAAGAAAAAGUUACCUGUGCUCUCUCCUUAAUCCCUAUGCUCUCUCCUUAAUCCCUAUGUAUAUUUAAACAAAUGGAGGUCAUUUAGUUACUCCAAUGGCCCCGGAGGGAAUGCCCGCCUGCCAACGUCAAGGCAGACCCCCCUAGACUGGUCCUUCACUGACCCUUCACCUUGCUUCCUUGAGCCUCUGGCAAAGAUAUGAGACAGAGAGGGGUAUUUUUUAUAUACACACCUAUAUACUUAUUAACCCUUAAUAGGGAACACAUGGGAUGGGUGGCAGCAUUGUAACCUAGCUGUGUUACAGCUUUCAUGUGCAAGAGUGUCAAGAGCCUUACUGAAAUCUAGGUAAGCAAUGUCUACUGCCCACCCUGAUCUAUUAUUUUAGUUACCCAAUCAAAAAAAUCAAUAAGAUUAGUUUGGCAUGAUCUCCCUGAGGUAAACCCAUGUUGUCUCUGAUCUUGAAAUCCAUGUGUUUUAGAUGUUCAUCAAUCCUAUCCUUUAACAUGGUUUCCAUCACUUUCCCCACUACUGAAGUAAGGCUUACUGGCCUAUAGUUGCCCGACCCCUGCCUACUACCUUUUCUUGUGAAUGGGCACAACAUUCAAUAUCUUCUGGGACUACCCCUGUUAACAAUGAUUGGUUAAAUAAAUCUGUUAAUGCUUUUGCUAGUACACCACUAAGCUCUUUUAAUAACUUUAGGUGUAUUCCAUCAGGCCCCAUUGACUUAUUUGCCUUUACUUUUGACAGUUAAAAUAGAACCUCUUCCUCUGUAAACUCACAUGUAACAAAUGGCUGUUGUCCUUUUUCCUAACUGAGGUCCAUUUCCUUAAUUUUCAUCUGUAAAUGCUGAACAAAAAUAUUCAUUGAGGCAGUCAGCUAGACCUUUAUCCUCUUCUACAUACCUUCCUCCUUUUGUUUAUAAUCGAACUAAUCCUUGUUUUACUUUCCUUUUCUCAUUUAUGUAUCUAAAAAAUGUUUUAUCUCCUUGUGCUUGUAUUUUAUUAUAAUUUUGCCCUUUUAUAUGGCUUGCUGUUUUUAAAACCAGGUACCGACAUGAAAUUGCACACGAUGGACAGCGGAUCUAUGUUUUGGGUGGUGGCACCUCCUGGAUUGCAUACUCAUUAGAUCAGGUAAAGUAACUUUUAAUACCUUGGGAUACAGAUCGCAACCAUCUAAAUAAAUCCCACGCUUCCUGCACUGCAAUUAUUCUAGAAUGGCCUUUCUCAUUCAUAUUAAGUUUCUACAUGCUAGUUACUUGUAAGAAUUCACAGAGUGACGUCCAUGAAAAGACGCAGCAGCUGUGUGCACAGCUAAUCUGCCUCCAAAUUAUACAAGUAAAAUCCCACUAUUCUCAUAGCAGGUGGAUGCACAGAAGGUUUAAAUUCUGCCUCCUUUGAAAGGAACAGCUGUUCAUACAGCCACUCCAGACCCCUAAAUUACCAGGCUGAUAAAAGCAAAGUUCAAGGCGUUCAAAAUAAUGUGAAGUCUUCUAACCUUUCAUAUAUAUGUAUUCGCUUGCACAGUGGAUAGAUGAAAAAUAUUUUCACUUAAAAUGGCAUUGUUUGAAAGCAUGCACUUUUAAGGUCAAAUAUUUAUAUAUAACAGUUUAAUCAUUUUUCUUUUUAAUACAUGUAUGUGUUUUGUUCCGCUGCACCCCCUGCCUAUUAUUCAUUCACAGUUGUAUUUUGAGAGUUGUUGGUGAGAGCAGGUGGUAUUGGAUGCUAUAAUUUUAAAAGCAAUGGAUAUCCUGCAUAGAUUAGUCUUGUUAAACUUGUUGCAUUGUCUUUUCAUAUAAAGAUCCACGCAUACAACUUUGAAACAAACACCUGGGAAGAUAUUCCCACCAAGCCACACGAAAAUUUAGGUAAGCUAAUCCAACUCUUCUUUUAACACUGUUAGUUUGAAAUACUGUUUUACAUUUCUUUUUUUUUUUAUAUCUCCGCUAAAAUGGUGGAAGGCAUUCAUUUGAGUACGCAUCGAAAAUCUGUUUCUUCUUAUAUUUGAGAUCUUGCAAUUGUCUUAUGUUCGUGAAAGAAAUGUCUUUACUGUUGCAGGUUUCCCUGCUGCCCGAAGGUGCCACAGCUGUGUCCAAAUAAAGCAAGGUAGGCAUGGUUUGUGAAAUUCAAACUGUAGCUUUAGUGUUAGUGAGGAUUCUUAGGAAAACACUACAGCUUCCAACCUUUAUUGGGAAUUAUUGCAAGCAAUGCAAAACGAUGUAGUGGGAAAAAAAGCAAUUUUAAAGAACAUGUGGUAAACACUAUAGCUCAAAACAAAGAACAAGUGAUACAGCAUAUAAAUGCUAAGAUAAUUGGCUGUAAUGAAAUGUAAGACCAUACCAUUUGCCGUUAACACCAAUGUCUGGUCAAACACAUUGAAAGUGUCAAAAAUAUAGGGGUGCUUAGCCAGUAGCAAGUAUCAUAAAUCACACCAGCACUACAAAAUGAGAUAGUAGGUUGCCAAAAAUAAUUGGUAAGUGAAGUAGUCAUGAAGGAAAAACAUGGUAGCCUAAAAGUCCUAAAGUAUAUGAAUCUUGUAUUGAUUUUGUGAGGGUAGCAAAUGGAGGAAGUAGAUGAAAAAUGGAAUCUCUGCACAGCCAUAAGAAAACCCAACAAAAUUUUUUUUUUUUUAUAUGGGACUGCCCUUAUCCCAGUGAUGUACGCUAGGUUUGGGGUGGGUGGUUAAGUUAGUUACCUAGUAGUGGGAAACCUCAUACUAUGGCCUUUGAAGAUAACCAAAUUAAGGAUAAUCAUGUUAUGGUAGCAAUAAGGGGCUAAUAAAAAAAAUAGCAGAUGGGAUCCAUCCAAAAUAGUUGUCCAUUUUAUAGCAUUUUGAUAAAAUUGUGGAAAAAAGAGACAAACAAAAGCAAAACAAAUUGAAGAAAAUAAACGUGUAUUUAGGAAAGCAUUAAGGGCCCUUGGAUCAGUAUCAUGGCUGCAUUUUAAUGUAAGGAUGAUCUUCUAAUGAUGCCAAGUUAUGUUAGCCACAAUGCUUAAAGGGAAACUUCACCGCAAAAACAAAUAAAUUAAAAUCACUGUUUAGUAAAUAUACCCACAAUGAAAACAUGCAUGCCUUUUCUUCUCAUUGAGCUGCAUUGGGAAGUCUGAUUGGACAGCCGCAGAAAGUUUGGGCGGGGUUAGAAGGAGAGGACUUGCAAAGGCUGCAGACCAGUCUGACCUUUUCAAGCUGUUUUUAGAUAUACCCCAAUGAAAAAUGAAUGUUGUAUUGGCAGUAUAUAUACUAAAGAGUAAAUUAUGUAUUUAUUUUAACUUUUUUUGGGGGGGUGGGUACUGGGGUGUCCCUUUAAAAAUAUAGCCGUGAAUAGAGGCAUUGAUUAUACAUUCGAAUCCUGUUCUAGUUCGCCUCCUGCACUCCUCUCACCACCAUCACAGGCUUAUAUGAAGUGUGUGAGAUCCAUCAACACAAAGGGGGUCAGGUUUAGCGGUAAAUAAAUAGGCUCUAAUGAGAGUAUGAUCCUUGCCCUGAGGCUAGUCUGCUAGCCCAGCAGUAUGGCAGUGAGCAGUUAAACUAAAGAUCCUCUGAGAAAAAUCUGCAUUGUUACCAGAUAUGACUGUAGCCUAAUCUAAUACAAAUAACAACAAAUAAUUGUGUUUGCAUUGCAGAGGUGUUUAUCUGUGGUGGUUACGAUGGAGAAACUAUCCUGGGGGAUCUCUGGAAGCUGAAUUUGCAGACGUUUCAGUGGACGAAACUUCCUGCACUUAUGCCUGAGCCUGCUUACUUCCACUGUGCAGCAGUUACACCGGUAUGCUAUCUGAAAUUGUGUAUUUAAACUACAAAAAUCCCUCCAUUGUUUGAAUUUCAAAUAAACCUUUUUAUUUUAUUUUUUUGUAUUUUUUUUGUCAAACUUUUUAUUGAGGAAAGUAUAUAGAUAUGACAUGCAGUGAGAUUCAAAAGGCAAUGUACAGAUAUAGCAUAAUAAUUCUGUUUGGUAAUACCUAAUUGUUGUAAAGAACUGAACCUUGUUGGGACUCUGUACCCUAUUAAUUGAAUGACAUACUGAUAAAAGAAAGGAAAAGAAAAAAGAAAAGGAAAAGCAGUAGGUGGUUGGUUAAAACGAGAGACAGACCUGACUCAGGCAAGAUGGUGUCAAAUAAUGUCCAAGAACAUUCGUAGCAUACAGAGGAGUGCACAGGACAGAGUCCAAACUUUGAGAAGCUUGAGAAGUAUGUAACAAAGGCAGCAACACGUUGGAGCGAGAUAGGCCAUCCCUCCAGCCCCAGGCUGGCAUGAAGGCCAGAAUAUUCAAGCCACGGAUCUGGAGGCUCACGGAGGAAAAGUUCUUCCCAAUGUGGGCAUACCCAAGGGUUUCUUAUUAACAAGCAGUCUUUUAUUAGAAGUUCAGAGGAAAGCCUUGACAAUGGGGCACAUGGUUGUGUUAAAGCAUUCUCUUAAUCUCAUUAUAUCUCUCCCCCCCCCCCACUUCUGUAUUUCUGUCUUUUAUAUGUCUCAAAUAUCAACCACACUUUAUGUAUGAUGGAGGGUGACAUCUAUCUCUCCCCACUUUUGUUUGUUCAGAUUCUCCAUUUUCCUCACUGUUUGAGCUUUUGCAUCCCAGCGACCAAAGCCACAUGAGUCCAAUACCCCCUACCCUAAUGUCUCACAAUCACAUCUAUCUAUGUGAGUCAAUCUAUACCCUCAUCCCUAAUGGGUCUCCUAGUAUCCACUCUGUCCCUAUUGUCUCUUCUACCCUCUCCCCCUGCCUUUUCUGGGUUUUGCCAACAGUCUGGUAAUUUUGUUUUUCUUGGCGUAAUCACACUUCUGGGCAUCAUUACUAUAGGGAUAAAUGAGCAUGGCUUAAAACAAAAUUGUAUCAGAUGGAAUGUAUGUUUAAGAAUCAAUACAUAUAAACUACUUUUAACUCUCUUCUAGGCUGGCUGCAUGUAUAUCCAUGGAGGGGUCGUCAACAUCCAACAGAACAAGAGGACCGGCUCAUUGUUUAAAAUAUGGCUAGUGGUACCCAGCCUGCUGGAACUGUGCUGGGAGAACUUAUUAAAGUAUUUUCCCCAUCUUGCUCACCUGCCUAAAAAUCAACUCCUGCAGCUUGGAUUAUCACAAGGGCUUAUUGAGAGGUUGAAAUAAUAUUCCUAUUGUAUAAUCUUUCUCUCCUACUGAGCUGUAACACUUACAGGAGUCCUCCACAGGGGAACGCUGCUAACAAGAUCAGAAUACCUGGACUUUAUUCAAACAUUCUCUGUGGCCUUCAAUCAGUUUCACAUUUUAACACCAGCGCACAUAGCAGUGGUUUUAAACAAAUGUCACAUUUAUUGGAAAUGUUUUUUUUUUUUUGUUUUUUUUUUGUGUAAGUCUUCUUAAUUCAACUUGUGCUUUUAAUUGAUAUUUAAGCUAUUUGUUGCUCAAGGCAAGGUUUGGGGGUAUUUUUUGUUUGUUUUCUUUCUCUUUCCCUCCGCUCCUCUGGAUAACUGAUCACAGAAGAUUUUUCAUAUAAGAUUUGAUGCGAUCAAUGCAAACAUUUGGGUCUUUACUAUUUUUUUACAUUUUUUUGCAAUUCCAAGGCUACCCUAAGUUUCUCUUAUGAGUUACAUUACUCUGUAAAAAGGUCCCUCUACUCAUCAGAUUUAAACUUCUUUGCCAUUUUCAGACUUUUAAUGACAAGAACGCAGACGUCUGUUUUAAUCUAAACAUGGAAUUGAGUUAUAUCCUUCAAAGGAUUGGAGAAUGCACUCUUCUUAACCAUACUUUGGCAAUGGAAUUGAAAUGACAAGCACUUGUCCAAAAAACUUGCUUGUUGGCCAUCUGACAUAUUAAAUACACUGAUGAAUUACAGGUCUAAGCAUGCUAGGCCAUAGAGUACAUGAAUUAAGUGACUAAGUACCAUGCAAAAGUGAACCAUCUGGUCUUUGUGAUAUUUUAUUUUCAUGGCACUGUCUAAAUUAUGUUCUUGCUUUACCUAUUUCUUAUACACGUACUUUGUUUUAAUUACUAGUUUUCAAUUCUGUUCUCGCCAACUGUGAAUGGUUCAGGCUUUACAUAUUGUUUUGGAUCAUUAGUAGUUAGUUUGGACUUGAGAACUCCUUGUGUAAUGAAAUCCUUCAGUGCUUCUCUGUCCUUGUCCAUUGGUAUCAAAAUCUAAAGGCCACCCGUUUGUUAAGCUGUUAAACUCUUCAAAUUGCCAUCACAGUGUUUAUUAUCCUAUUAUUUAAAUGUACCUCAAUGGGGGAAAAAAAUAAAAGUAGGCAAUUCAGACAUUUUAAAGAGCAAUUUGGGGCAGUGCUUUAAAAGAUGGAGCUCUGCUUUAGAAAUUCACUUCAUACAGAAGCAACAAUUUGCUGUUCACUGUGCGUUUCUUAUGAUAUUCUGAAUGAGUUUGGUUUUAUUCUUAACAAACUGGUCAAGAUUUUCUAUGUUGGUGACGUGCAUUGCCAUUCAUUUAGCUUGCCUUGACAUAAAUAAACAUAGGGAUGGAUUCCAUUGCUCUCUCAACUUUGCAACUUUAAAUGUGCUCAGUCCUUUAGAAUGUAUCUACAAGUCAACAAACAUGCUGUUCAGUUUUCUGUUUGAUUUGUGAUUGCUUUCUUUUUUAUAUAUUCUUUUUUUUUUUUUUUAUGUUUAUUCAUGUGGUCUAGGCAUGUGCAAGACCCAUAAUCUGGCUGAUCAGUGAAAACAACAGAAGGCCAAUCAUAAUUGACUAGUUGUGCAAAGGAUUUAAGAUUUUAUUUUUUGCCAGAAAACAAGCUGUGGUUUAGAUCAGGGGUUGCCAACGCAGUCCUCAAGUACCCCCUACCAGUCCAGGAUUUAGGGAUUACCCUGUUGUCUAAAGUGUUUUGUUCUUUGUUUUUUAACUUUCUAAAACACCUUGGACUACUGGGUAAUCCCUAAAUCCUGGACUGUUACGAGUAUUUAAGGACUGGGUUGCGAACCACUGGUUUAGAUUAUAAAUCUGAGCUGCCUUACAAUCAGGCUUUCUAAUGUAUGGUGGUGUUCUGCAUGACAGAUCCUACAUAAAUCUGAAGCCUUUUUAUUCUUUCACCAGAUAUGCAGGGAUUUGUGCCAAGAGUGGUUUUGUUACUCUUUAACAUCUAUAAAUCUGAGUUUUAGGGUAAAAUCAAAAGGUAAUGUCCAUUAUUUGAGAUCAGGAUGUUGAAAAUCAUUCUGAAAUACUUCUAAGAUAUUUUAAGACACAAAAUCUACACAAGACAAGAUCCUAUGUGCCAGAUACAAAACCAUUUAAGUUUUUGUUUUUUGUUUUUUUUCUUUUUUUAUAACACUACAACUUCCAUUUUGCUUCAUUACAUGCUCAUUACCAUUUUUUUUUAUUCAAUCACAUCCAAUAAUGUAAACACUUUGUCAUACUGAAAGCUAGCUUUGCAAGUCACACCUACAUGUACAUUUUUCGAAGAUCUAUGUUCUUUGUUUUGUGUCGAAGCGCAUGUUAUUUAUUUUGAGCAGUGGAUUUUAAAAUUAUUUUAUUACAGUUGUACUGUAGCAUGUCUGUUUUUUAAGUCAUUUGGAAGACUUGUUUACAUUACAACAUUUAGUGCCUGUUAAGAGUAUACUAUCACGAUAUGUUGCAUUAUUUAAUACCUUUCAUGACCAUACAUUGCCUUAGCAAUAAUAUUGUGAAUGAACCAAAUAUAGUUUUUCAAUGUAAAUCUACUUCCAGUUGAAUUGUUAGGAGAAAUUCUGCAGAACAAAUUAAAUUUUAUUAUUAUAAAGUAAACUUCAUAUAUUUUAUAGAUUAGCAGCCCUUUAAAAUGUUAGCUUGACUCCACAUUGACAUGCACAAGUACACCAAGAAAUUCUGCUUGCAGAUCCAUUUUCCGCAUCAUUCUUUUUAUAGUAUGAGUAUUUACAUUUUGUUCUGUUAUCCCACAGUGCUGGCAGCUGUUGUUGGGAUUAAGCAUGAAUAAUUUAAUUUAUAUAUAAUUUUUUUUUUUUGGGGGGGGGGGUGGUCUAGUCAAUACACAAACAGUGUUUUGUCUUGUUUUUGUUCUCAUGCACCAACUUUUUUAAAAAAAUUUUUUAUUAUAUAUUAAGUCUGUUUUAAAAGAUCAUUAUGAGCCAUGUUCAUUAGAAAAUACACAAACUAGCAGCCAUUAUUACUUUUUUUUUUAAUCUGGUUUUACAAACCAUGCAUUUCACAAUUUAAACAAAUGUACACCGAAUGGAAAAAAUGAACUGGCUUUGAUCUGUACAUGUAUUUAUUUUUUUCAUCUCCCACAACUAGCUUUAACAAGUAGUAUUAACAUUUGCAUGCUUCAUUUAUGUUGAACUAUUAUACUUGGUUUCCCUUUAUAUUUUUUAGUGGAGCCUCAUUUAAGUUUUAAUAGUGUAUGAAUUCCAACAGGUUAUUCUAUUACCUGCAGCAAGAGGGUUGGUACACAUAGUGUGUGAAGUUCCAAAUGGCAUGUGUCACCCAAGAAGUUUACAUUGAGAAUAGAGCAUAGUUUCUUGUGCUCUGUUUAUGAAUGUAAAAUUCAAAGGGCACACAUCUACUUCAUGCAGAUUAUUUUUUUUUUAUCUUCCUCAGCAUGUUGUAUAAAGUAGUAAAUUUGUAAAAUGUUCAGCUUUUAAAAGGUGUCUUUUCAUUGUAAAAUCCAAGUGCAAUAUUUUACUUUGUCCAUGCAUGAUACAUGCAUUGUAUAACUGUGUCC